AUGUUGAACACCCAUCAUAGAAUCACUGUAGAGUUGGAAGGGACCCCAACCACAGCUAGCAUGGCCAACAGAGAGAGGUGAAUGGGAGUUAUAGUCCAACAACACCUGGAAGGCACCAGGUUGGCUAUACCUUUGAUAUAGAAUACUUGGUUGCAUCUAAUAAUACCCCCUUCUCAUCUAAUGAUACCCCCUGAGACCUUCAGGUAUAGAAAUAAAAUAAAAUAAAUACUCAGAUUUGCCUCAUUGAAAUUAAUGGACGUAAGUUAGUCAUAGAAUCAUAAGAGUUGGAAGGGACCCCAAGGGUCAUCUAGUCCAACCCCCUGCAAUGCAGGAAUCACGGUGCAAGAACCCUUGACAGAGAGCCAUCCAAUUUCUGUUUAAAAACCUCCAAUGAAGGAGAGCCCACCACCUUCUGAGGGAGUUUGUUCCACUAUUGAACAGCUCCUUUCUGUUAAGUUCUUCCUAAUGUUCAGUUCUUAUAAUUUGUAUCCAACUGGUUGAGGCCCUACCCUUUGGAGCAGCAGAAAAGAAGUUUGCUCUGUCUUCCAUAUAACAGCCCUUUGGAUAACUGAAUAUGGCUACCAAAUCACCUCUCAGUCUUCUCCUAAGCAACCUAAAUAUACCCAACUCCCUCAACUGUUUCUCUUAAAGCUUGUGUCAUGAACUGGGAGGACAACAGGGAGGAGAAACAGGAUCCUGGCAAGCUGUGACUGGGACCCACCAAGGCAAGCUGGGGAUGGGAAAGGAGAGAUUGGAGUUGCACAGGAUGACGGGAUGGCAAGGGGGUGGGGGUCAAGGUGCAGGGACCGAAGAGCAGGAUCCCUCAACAGAAUCAGAGAGGCCUCUGUCUCCAUGAACAAGGCAGGCUCUGAAGCAUAGUGAGCAGUGGGAGGUAUGCUCUGGGAGGCUGAGGCAGGCAAGGCUCCACAGCCCAGGUGAAGCUCAUUAGCCCCACAACCCGGGGGGGGGGGGAUGUGUGAUUCCUCAGCUGAAAUAGGCUCAGAACAGGUGAGGAUCAUAUGGCUUGUCAAGCCUAGAUGCCGCAAUCAGGAUUCAAGAAAUAAAAGGGAAACAGGUGAGGGGCUGCAUCUGCUUAGCUGCCCAUGUUGCUGGACCUUGGCUUAGAUGCUCCAGGACUUCCAAUGGACUGUUUUCCCUGACUGCUAGACUUUGGACUUGAUAUACUGUAUAAGACAGUGGGACUUGCUGCCAUGUAUGCUGGGGAUUCAGGACAGCUUGGUUUACAGACCCUUGAUCAUCUUGGUUGCCUUCCUCUGCACAUGCUCCAGUUUGUCAAUAUCAUUCUUAAACUAGGGUGCCCAGAGCUGGCCACAGUACUCCAGGUGGUGUUUGACAGGAUCACACUUCAAAACGACCUUGACAGAUUAGAGAACUGGGCAAAAACAAACAAGAUGAAUUUUAACAGGGAGAAAUGUAAAGUAUUGCACUUGGGCAAAAAAAAUGAGAGGCACAAAUACAAGAUGGGUGACACCUGGCUUGAGAGCAGUACAUGUGAAAAGGAUCUAGGAAUCUUGGUUGACCACAAACUUGACAUGAGCCAACAGUGUGACACGGCAGCUAAAAAAGCCAAUGCAAUUCUGGGCUGCAUCAAUAGGAGUAUAGCAUCUAGAUCAAGGGAAGUAAUAGUGCCACUGUAUUCUGCUCUGAUCAGACCUCACCUGGAGUACUGUGUCCAGUUCUGGGCACCACAGUUCAAGAAGGACACUGACAAACUGGAACGUGUCCAGAGGAGGGCAACCAAAAUGGUCAAAGGCCUGGAAACGAUGCCUUAUGAGGAACGGCUAAGGGAGCUGGGCAUGUUUAGCCUGGAGAAGAGGAGGUUAAGGGGUGAUAUGAUAGCCAUGUUCAAAUAUAUAAAAGGAUGUCACAUAGAGGAGGGAGAAAGGUUGUUUUCUGCUGCUCCAGAGAAGCGGACACGGAGCAAUGGAUCCAAACUACAAGAAAGAAGAUUCCACCUAAACAUUAGGAAGAACUUCCUGACAGUAAGAGCUGUUCGACAGUGGAAUUUGCUGCCAAGGAGUGUGGUGGAGUCUCCUUCUUUGGAGGUCUUUAAGCAGAGGCUUGACAACCAUAUGUCAGGAGUGCUCUGAUGGUGUUUCCUGCUUGGCAGGGGGUUGGACUCGAUGGCCCUUGUGGUCUCUUCCAACUCUAUGAUUCUAUGAUUCUAUGACUAUGGCAGAAUAGAGAGGCCCUAGGACUUCCCUUGAUCUGAACACUAUACAAUGGGUCUACUCUGAGCUCUGAGUAGGAAUACCACUGGAUACAACCCACUGUGGUUUGGUUGUUUAAGAUAGAGAGAAUUCUGCCUCACUGUGAGGAUGGAGUAAAUCAUUCCUUCUGUUUCUACUGAAAUCCAUCUCCCUGAUUGGGGGGGGGGGGACCACUUAUCUUGCUUCAUUUCAUUUAUGUGCAAACAACCUAUAUUCUGAUGGUAUAGCUAUUUAAAGUGUAAAUAAUAAAUUGAUAUACUUACAUGAAUCCAUGGCACAUCCACAUCAGAAAUAAUAUGUGUUGCAUCCAAUUAAGUUCUGUUUAAGAGUACACCUACUGGAAUUAAGGUCAAGUCAUGUCCAAUCUUCUGCCCAAGCUGGUUUUGCAUGGUUGCUCCAUACUCCCUGCAGCAAAUGCUAUGAUUGUGUUUCCCACAUAACACAUGCAAGGAGUGUUGGCUACACCCACACCCACAAACCAUCAAACACUUAAGCUAGAGUGGUCCAACUUUUCAUGCCAAGUAGGCUGCAAGAGUACUUUGACACAGAACCUGUUGCACACAGGGGCAGGAAGUGAGUGAGGCAAACAUCUGACAACCCUCUAGCCCUCAUGUUGCCUUCCCAAAGCAGGCUAGGUGAGGCACAGGGAUUGGGAAGGAGAUGUAAGACUCUGGCAGGGUCCUGAAGCCCUCCCAUCUCCUUCCCAAUGAUGGGAAAGUGCAAACUAGGCUUUGGGGAAGGAGGCAGGAGGCUUCAAGGACCCUGUCAGAGCCCCCAUGCCUCCUUCCCAAAGCUGGGUAAGGAGGCACCAGGUAUGGCAGUGCAAGGGCUGUGGGGUGGGGCGUCUAAUUAUUAUUACUAUUAUUAUUAUUAUUAUUAUUAAUUUUUUAUUAUUUAUACCCUGCCCAUCUGGCUGGGCUUCCCCAGCCACUCUGGGUGGCUUCCAACAAAAUAUUAAAAUACAGUAAUGCGUCAAACAUUAUAAGCUUCCCUAAACAAAUGUUGUUGUGGGCCACCAAAAAAGGCAUCACAUGUGGUCCCUGAUCGGCAUGUUGGACCACCCUGGCUUAAGCACAUGCAUUUAGCAACCCUAGAUCCAUCAGCUGCAUUUUCCAAUACUAUGUUUCUUACCUAUCACAUUCGGUCAGUGUGAUAUAAUGGAGAAAGCUCUUGAGCUUGGGUGUUGGAGGACCAGCCUCAAAUCCCUGCUCAGUCAUAAGGUCAUGAAGCAGGGUACAUGUACUUGGACAGGUCAAUCACAGCUUAAUCUACCUCACAGGGCAAUUCUAACAAUAAAAUGAGAUAAAGUUAGAGAGUUACACAUCCUGAGCACCUGAAACAGGCUUAGAGGGGAAAUCUAAGCACACAACCACCCUACACUAGGCAUGCAGAACUUUCUGCAAACAAGCUCUAAUUUAACCGUUAAAGCUUCCCCACCCCAAGCCAUGGCCAUUUGCCCCACAACAAAUGUCUCACAUGUAACUACAAAGGAACAAUUGCACUCCUGCUCACUCCUUGGCAAGCGGGACUUGGUGCUAAAUGAUCCACUGUUUAGCACAGACAAUCCCCAUUGGAUCUUCCUUUGAAGGCCUGUUUCAAGAACAAGCAGGACUGCAGAGUAAGAAAGGGAAGAAUCAGGAGCACAUGCCUAGUUCUUUCCUUUGAAGUUGUGUCACCUGAUGUCACAGUGGCACCAAAAGGUUGACAGGUAGGCAGUUCCACCAACCUGAAAAGUCGCCCAUCCGUGGGGUGGAAUGAGGAUCUAGCCCACCAGUCCUCAAACCCUGCUCUCUACCAUAGAAUUAAGUAGUGUUCACUCCCAAUAAUUCACUCAAAAACAGUCUUAUGCAAUCCAUUUAAAUCAGUCACAGACCUACCCAUAUCUACCCCUCCUACAACCGUAAUGAAGCAGCGGCCACAGUAAGAUACAAAAGGCACCCACUAUUUGCACUUUUCAGAAACAAUUGCAGGCAUUUUUGUUCUGGCAGGCUUUCCCAGCUGGAUAAAUGGGUCUUUACUGUGAGUGUCCACUUGUUAGAAAUUUAGUUUUGUUCUUUGCUGUUUUUAGUUACCUUAUUGCCUUGAGAUGGUGGUUUAGAAUGAGAUUAAAAAAUCAGAGGUAAUACCUGCCUUGACCCAUUUUCACAUUUCUACUUUCACACCCAAAUGUCACCUUUAUUUUCUAUGCCUCCUCAAUAUGCAGUAAAAAAACAAACAGCAGCAACAAUAAGAAUACACCUCUCUAUCCCCUCUCCCCACAAAGUUGCUUAAUAAUAUUAUCCCAUUUUAAAAUUUGCAUCAACAUUCUGUAUAGCAGCAGAGAAAACAACUGAGCCUAAUCUCACAAGGUUACUGUGAGGGCAGAACGACUUUUGCACACUUAAAUGAGUCCAUGAGAACCAUUGUUAAUUACUGGUGUGCUGCCAACGCUUCCCAUUGCCAUUUACUGAGAGGGAGGAAGGCUACUUUGUUCUACUUUUAACGAUACAUGAAAGGUGUUUGUAUUUAUGUUUCUAAAGAUGCCAUUAGGUGCUUGGAGACCUUUGCAUAGCAUGUAAGUAACGCAUCUGAUGGAUUCUGUACUUGACCUCCUUUGUAAUGUUUUAUUUUGAAAUCUUUAAGAUAAUAGCUUGGUUUCCUGCUAGUUAUGUCUCUUUCAAUGUAUACUUUAUAUCUGACUUCCUUCAGUAAUGUUUUAUUCUAGAUUGCUGCCUUCAUGUAUUGUAAGUCACUUUGAGAUUCCCCCCUUAAAAAUAUAAAGCGGAAAUGAAAUGAAUAAUAUUAAUAUAGAACAGUAAUAAGCAAAUAGCAAAUAACACAACGACCAUGAACUCCAGGGUAGCGUCAGGUUGCCUCACUGCGCGAUCGGUUACCUUUCUGCAUUCAGCACCCUACACUGGGCUACCUUGGCUCUGGCAAACACAUUUAAUUUAUCAAAUCUAAAUAUAUAAAUAAUAUUAAUAAGCCAAAUAAAGAAAUGCAUUAAAAAUAUUUAUACCCAGCUGCUCUUUCUCCCGCACCCACCAUAAAUUUUAAAAUAUAUUUUUUAAAUGAAAGCAACCUCAACAGGCCUCCACAAACCUUCCAUUGCCUCACCCAGCUGAUCCCUCUUCGGUAAUAAACUCACCCUACUGGGCGCCGCCAUCAUGUCGACGUGCUACGCACAACACGUCACGUCGCUUCCCUCACCCUGCGCCCCUCACGCUUCCUCCCCCCACCACUGGGGCAAGAAGAGGCAAGAGAGAGAAGGGCCUUGUGUCACGUGACUCGCGGACAGCGGGAAAGAGGCGCUCUAGCCGUUCGCUCCACCUUCUUCUUUCUCCCUUUCUAGCUCGUGGAUUGGCUGAUUUUGGGAGGGAAAGGGGGUGGGGCAGGGGAAGAGGCAAGAUGGCGACUGAGGGGCUGUGCGCGAGGUAAGGGAAGGCGCGCGUUGCGAGGAGGGACUGACUGAUUGGGUGAGGGCGAGGGGAGAAAAAGAUCGUGCAGUUUCAAAAUGAAAUAAAAUGAUUUUAUUUUAAAUUGUGGCUAAAUCAGCCCGAGAAGGGAGAUUGUUGGGCCAGAGCUUAGCCCUACUCCAAAGUCGGCCCCUUUGAAUGAAUGCAUGUGGUUGGUUUUAGUCGUUUUAAUGGGGUCAUACCCGCAAUUAGAAGUUAGUUGGAUUCAUGCUUAGAAAGUUGACGUAAUUUUAAUCUGUUUAAGUCUUCUAACUUUUGUUUGUUUCAAAGCAGGGUUGUUGAUUUUUCUUGAUUUUCUUGUUUUAUCUUUUUGUAAACUGCUUUGAGGUUUUUUUCUUUUAAAGAACCAAGCAGUGUAUAAAUCUUGUGAAAUUAAAUAAAUGAAUAGGAAGCUGCAUUCUUAUGAGUUAGCCCAUUGGCCCGUCUAGCUUGGUGCUGCCCACACCGACCGGAAGUAGUGGCUCUUUGGGGUUCCUGUCAGGGGAUGUUGAAAGAGGUACAUGGAGAUGCUGUUUGGGACUGAACCUGGGAAACUUACGCAUGCCAAGCAGAUGCUUCAGUCACUGGGCAAUGGCCCUUCCUUGGAAGACACACCCUUCCUUUUACUGAGUUGCACCUUUGGUCCAUCUAGCUCAGUGUUGCCCACACUGGCUGGCACCAGCCACUCUCCAGGUUUUUGGACAGGGUCUUUUCCCCAACCUUACCUGGAGAUGCAGCUGGGGAUUGAAUAAGAUGCUCUGCCACUGAGCUAUAUGCAUUCUCCUAAAUGUAAAAGAAGGUUCUAGUCCUCAUGGUCUUGAAAAAAGUGCACAGUUAAACAGGGGGCAGGGGAAACUGCCGUAUACCAAGUCAGACCAUUGGCCCUUCUAACUCAGUAUUGCCUACACGGACUGGCAGCCACUCUCCAGAGUUUCAGACAGGGGACAUUCCCAGCCCUACCUGGAGAGGCUGCUAGGGAUUAACCCUUUGCCUUUCUGUGCACCAGACAGAAACUGUAAGCACUGAGCUAUGUCUCAGUCUUUUACUGAGUUAAAGGCUGAUUUAAAUAGGAUCUUAGGAAGCUGUUUCUUGGUCACUCUGGGCUACAUUUUCUUCAGGUGCACAGGAAUGGGAAGUUCAUAUUGGCAAUGUACAUAAGUGUGCUGUGUGUGUAGAAGUAACUGUACUUAGGGCAGUGUUAGAAACUCGGAUAUAUAAGCUAUUCACCAAACGGCCCCUUAAGCCUAGGUUAAGAGUGCGCACGCACACACACACAUAUAUAUACAGUGGUACCUCGGGUUACAUACGCUUCAGGUUACAGACGCUUCAGGUUACAGACUCUGCUAACCCAGAAAUAGUACCUCGGGCUAAGAACUUUGCUUCAGGAUGAGAACAGAAAUCGUGCUCCAGCGGCGCAGCAGCAGCAGGAGGCCCCAUUAGCUAAAGUGGUGCUUCAGGUUAAGAACAGUUUCAGGUUAAGAACGGACCUCCGGAAAGAAUUAAGUACUUAACCUGAAGUACCACUGUAUAUGCAAGAGUAUGAAGCAAAAACUGGACAGCCAGUUAGGGGAUGGUCCCCCCAGAGACUGAUGGAAUUUGAUGGAUUCUUGACUUCUCUGGGGGAUUUCCCAGUGGAUAGAGCAGGUAAUCCAGUUGGUAAUUGCAGAAGAAGGUAAUUGCAGAAGAAGUUGAAUGUUCCUAAAGUGCUGUAUCGAAGCACAUUAAUGGAAAGUUAUGCAGAAGGGAAAAGCGUGGAAGAAAAAGGUGCACAAGCAGCAGAGAUGACUGCAGCCUGGAGAGGAUUGUCAGGAAAAGACCAUUCAAACGUUUUUGGGGACUUUCACAAGGAGUGGACUGAGGCUGGAGUUAGUGCAUCAAGAGCCACCACACACAGAUGUAUCCUGGAGAUGGGCUUCAAAUGUAUUCCUCUUGCCAAGCCGCUCCUGAACAAGAAACAACGUCAGAAGCGUCUUAUCUGGGCUAAAGAAAAAAAGAACUCGUCUGUUGCUCAGUGGUCCCAAGUCCUCUUUUCUGAUGAGAGCAACUUUUGCAUCUCAUUUGGAAACCAAGGACCCAGAGUCUGGAGGAAGAAUGGGGAGGCACACAAUGCCAGAUGCUUGAAGUCCAGUGUGAAGUUUCCACAGUCUGUGUUGAUUUGGGGAGCCAUGUCAUCAGCUGGUGUUGGUCCACCGUGCUUCAUUAAGUCCAGGGUCAACGCAUCCGUCUACCAGGAGAUUUUUUAGCACUUCAUGCUUCCUUCCGCAGACAAGCUUUAUGGGGAUGCUGACUUCAUUUUCCAGCAGGACUUGGCACCUGCCCACACUGCCAAAAGUACCAAAACCUGCAGAAUGCAGAAGAGCUGAAGGCUGCUAUUGAAGCAUCCUGGUCUACCUUAGCAGUGCCACAGGCUGAUAGCAUCCAUGCCACGCCACAUUGAGGCAGUAAUUGAUGCAAAAGGGGCCCAAACUGAGUACAUAUGUAUGCUUCUACUUCUCAGAGGUCUAAUAUUGAUCUAUUUGCAAUCCUUGUUUUGCUGAUUGCAUUUAAUAUUCUAAUUUUCUGAGAUUGUUAAUUUGGGGUUUUCAUCAGCUGUACACCAUAACCAUCACAAUUAUAACAAAUAAAGGCUUGACAUAUCUAGCUUUGCAUGUCAUGAGUCUAUCUCAUAUAUUAGUUUCACCUUUUAAGUUGAAUUACUGAAAUAAAUUAACUUUUCCACGAUAUUCUAAUUUUUCGAGUUUCACCUGUAUGUGUUUUACUGAGAGUUGUGAAACUCCAUUUAUUUGCUGCUUGUUGUUGCAUAUUUAUAUCAUGAUUUCCCUCCCUGGAGCUCCAAUGCUCAAUAGAAGGCCAAAUUUAAAAAAUAAAAACUUCAGAGUAUUUUGAAAACUAAAGUAUGGUAUCAAUAUUUUUAUUGUAUAAACAAAAUAACACAUGUAUGUUCUAUUUAUUCAUUCACCUUUUGUAACAAACUUCAGUUUUUUUCUCCUUGUCACAGUACUCAUAACAAAUUGGACAGUACUCUUAGCAAAUUAGUGUUACACACUACUGUAGUGAUAAUAGUGCCACCUUAUAAUUGGUUAUGGAUUUAGCACAAGUAAUACAUAGUAUAUUAUUGUCAUUUAAAGCAGUGUUGCAUACAAAUCUAACACAAUAUUUUAUGUAAUACACACACAUGUAUACUGAUAUUUAUAAAUUUUAAUUAUUCAAAUGACUUAUGGUGUCACUCAUGUGAAUUGUGUUUCUAAGAAAAUGGAUUCUAAGAAAAAGGAUUACUGUAAUUGCUAAAAUGUGUGACUGAAUUGUAAAAUAUAUUACAAUAUACACAAUUCAUUUUUUGCUUCACUGUCUUUAGGGGAAAAUGGUGACUAAACAUGUCGUUGUUGCACUUUUAACCUAGGUUUAAGGGGCCAUUUGGCAAAUAGCUUGCUUAUCUGAGUUUCUAACAUUGAUUCACAGCUGGUUUUGAAAUGGAAUCAGCCUUGGUUGCCCUGAUGGAUGACCUUUAUUGUGAGAGGGACAGAGAGUGUGUGAUCCUGUUGCAUCUUGAUCUCUCAGCAACUUUUGAUACCAUUGACCAUGGUAUCUUCCUGAACUGAUUUAGUGAGAUGGGCAUUGUGGCAUCACUGUAUUAGAGUGGUUCUGUUUGUAACUUCAAGGUGGUGACCAGAAAGUAGCACUGGGUUAGUGCUCCUUGGCCCCUGGCACUUGUGCUAUGGGGUUCCACAUACUGCCGUGUGGUGUCACCAGUAGGCAGGGAUGACACGCAGCUCUACCUCUCCUUAACAUCUGAAUCAGGAAAGACUGUGAAAGCUUUGAACCUGUGUCUGGAUGCAGUGGUGGACUGGAUGAGGGCCAGUUAAACUGUGUUUGAAUCCUGGGAAGACUCAGGCUCUUUGGGUGGCUGGUUCCCAAGUUUGGGAAGUUGGCAAGGUACCUGCUCUGGAUAGGUUUGUACUCCCUCUGAAGGAGCAAGUGCAUAGUUUGGGGGUACUCCUCGUUGCAUCUUUGCCACUUGAAGCCCAAGUAUCCUUUGUGGCUAGAAGUGCCUUUUAUCAGCUUCAUCCGGUUUGCCAGCCACAACCAUUCCUGGACAGGGGUAGCUUGGCCACGAUAGUUCAUGCAUUGGUAACUUUGAGGCUGAAUUACUGUAGGGCAGUGGUGUCCAAACUUUUUUCAAAGAGGGCCAGAUUUGAUUAAGUGAAGGACUGUGAGGGCCUACCAAAGGGCUGACCAAAAUUGUUGACCAUUUUUUAGGGUUGAAGUUUUUUUUUUAGGAUUUUACCCCAGGAAAUAAAUUGCCACAGGGGCCGGAUUAAACUGACCAGUGGGCCGGAUUAGUCCCCCAAAACGGACUUUAGACAUGCCUGCUGUAGGGUGUUGUAUGUGGGGCUGCCUUUGGUCUGGUUUGGAAGCUCAAGUUGCUGCAGAAUGCUGCAGCCAGAUUACUGAUGAAAAUUUAUGGUUAAGUCCAUGUGACACUAGUGUUCCAAAAGCUGUAUUGGCUGCCCAUCUGCUACUGAACCAGGUUCAAGGUUCUUGUAUUGAUUUACAAAACCCUGAACAUCUUAGGUCUAGGAUAUUGUAGGAAUCUCCUGAACCCUUAUACUCCAGAUUGAUCACUGAAGUCAUCUUCAGCAGUGUCCUUUGUCAUUUGGUGACGCUUGUUUGACAAGAGUAAGAAAUCAAGUCUUAUUUAGUGUCAUCAGCCCAGUCCUGUGGAAUACCCUGCCAAUAGAGAUUUAGCAGACACCUUCUGUGCCAACUUUUAAAUGCCUUCUGAAAACUUUUCUACUCCACUAAACCUAUGCAGAUCCUACAAUGGUCUAUUGAUUUUUUAAAAAAAUUCUUUUUCUUUUAACUUGUUUUUUACUUUUUAUGAUGUUACUGUUGGUUUCAUGCUUUAAUGAUGUAAACAGCUGUAAUAUAUGUUUAUGAUAUGGCAGUGUAUAAAUAUUGUAUAUAGAAGUAAAUAGAUACAUUACAAUAAAAAAGACAGAAAAGAAGCAAAACAGAUACAGUUUUUUCUCUUUCAAAAUACAUUCUUUUUCUAGAAGCAGCAGAGAACUGUGGACCAUUCUGUUGGGCAGAUCAGCUCUGAGAGAACCAGUAAGUAGAGGAUGGGUUUGCCACCUCUUUUUUGUUGGGGAUGCUUUUCUGGGAUGUCUGCCAUCAUCAUUGUGUAGCCUCCAUCCCUGAAACGUGUAUACAGAGAGGAUUUUUCCAUAUCGUUCACUUCCCAUGUAAUACUUGUUCUUCCUUAUGCUGCACGUUUGUGUAGAAUGGUUUCUGGUGUAGACAGGCUAUCUCACCUGGAAUAAUAAUAAUAAUAAUAUUUAUACCCCGCCCAUCUGGCUGGGUUUCCCCAGCCACUCUGGGCGGCUCCCAACAGAAUUAAAAGCACAAUAAAAUAUGAAACAUUAAAAACUUCCCUAAACAGGGCUUCCUUCAGAUGUCUUCUAAAAGUCAGAUAGUUGUUUAUUUCCUUGACAUCUGAUAGGAGGGCGUUCCUCAGGGCAGGCGCCACUACCGAGAAGGCCCUCUGCCUGGUUCCCUGUAACCUCACAUCUCGUGGUGAGGGAACCGCCAGAAGGCCCUCAGAGCUGGACCUCAGUGUUUGGGCUGAAUAAUGGGGGUAGAGAUGCUCCUUCAGGUGUACUGGGCUGAGGCUGUUUAGUAGAGCAGCCUGCUUCCCUUAUUCCCCAACCCCUAAGGAAGGAGUCCCUGAUUGCGAGCUGAACAUGCCCAGAUUCUGUCUUCUUCCACCUCAAGGCAAAACAAAAACAAGUUUCUUUUCUUUUUAUUAUAAUUUUAUCUUUUUUUUAAUAGAAGAAUCCAAACUGUAAAUCAGGGAUUCCCUGCAGAAAUUCUGGACUACAACCCUAUCCAUUCCAUCGGUAUAGCCCUAUGGUCAGGGAUGAUUCUGUUAUGUAUACAGUAAUUUGAAUUCUAGGUUGUGGGGGGGGGGGGUGCCACCAUGGUGCCCUCCAGAUAUUGUGGACUGUAACUCCCAUCAGCCCCACCCACCAUGGCUGAUAAUCAGGAAAGAUUCUGUUCUGCUUAUGCUGGAAUCUAAACCAGAGGUGAUUAUGAUAUUCCUUUGUUGAUCUUGUCAGGCUUUGUACAUGAUAGUGGAAAUGAGCAUGUUCCUUUUUAAGUUCCAAGCAUGGAGAAUGAUGUAUUUGCUAUUAUUUUGGUCUUUUCUAGGCUCAGAUUGAGGAAGAGUUGAAUAAACACUGGCGGAGGCUGCUCGAAGGGCUUUCAUACUACAAGCCCCCCAGGUACAGUAAUUUAUUCAUUAUUAUUUAUCAAGGCUUGCAUCCAGCUCAGUAGGUCCACUGAAAUAAAAACUGAAAUAAAAGCAUAUCUGAGAGAUUUACAAGCUAUUAAAAAUGAGUAAAACCUACUAAUUGGCUAUGUAGGUGCUAUAUUGUCAAAGAUCUUUUAUUGGAACAGAUCAUAGAAAUGUAAAGUUGGAAGGAACCACAAGGGUCAUCUAGUCCAACCCCCUGCAGUGCUGAUGGCAGAACCAGACUCUUCAAAAAUAAAUCUUUAAUUGAAAAUUUUCAGCGGGAACAGAAAAUAGCUAAACCAAAUAGGAGCGUCAAAAUGAUGAAAUAGAGCCAUGUUCUUUACCACAUACUCUGGAGGCUUUUUGAGAAUCCUUAUGGCUUUUAUUUCAUUCAGUGUGUGGAAAGAUGUGGUGCUGGAAGAUAAUGUGCUGAUUAUUUUACAAAAAUACUUGUGAAGGAUUGGCGAUGUGAUAGAUUAAAUGUCACCCAUGGCAGCUAAAUGGAACUUCCAAGUUCAGAGGCAGUCUAGCACAGAACUUCAGGUGCUGGGGAGGCAACAGCAUGGAAUAGCUCAGCUGUGGCCACCAAAAACCCAUAGAAAUUAGGGUUUCUGAUUGGCUACAAUUGGAAGUGGCAUGCCGGACUAAAUGUGUGCUUGGCUAGAACUGGUAGAACUUCUCUUAUGUUCUUAAUUUCAAAUGAGUCAGAUGAAGUUUCUAUACCUUGUUUCAAGGGCUUGAGCUAGUUGGGUAACAUUUCCAGUGCCUAGUUGAUGGAGCUUAGUCCUUGUAAGUCCUUCAGAGGGGAGGAAAUAGUUUUCACAAUACAGCUGUUAUAAAGAUGUCUAAAUUUCAUGCUUGUUUUGCUUUAUGAACAAAAAGCUUUUGUGACUUUUCAUUACCACAAGUUAACUUUUUAAUAAUAAUAAUAAUAAAAUCUGCAGUGCAAGUUCGGCCGAGAAAGUGAAAGCUGACAAAAAUGUUGCUGCUCCGCUGAAGGAGUUGGGUCUGAGAACCAGCAAGUUCUUGGUGAGUAGGUGUAACAGGCAGCUCCGUUACUUCCUUUGUUAUUUCCUGAUAAGCUUUCCUCUGGACAGAAGUGGUGGGAGGAAUGCAAGAAAGAGAGUUAUCACCAUCUAAUUCCCUAUUUGAAUGGCAGUAGUUUCUGGUGGGGUUUGAGAUUUGACUCAGCAUAAUUUGGAAGCACGAUACUUCAUAGAAGCCUUGAGAGCUAACGGGGACAAAUUUAAUUUGCUGUACUCUCCUUAAAAAAAUAUUGUCCAAAGGAGGGGUAUUGAAUGCGCCCACCCCUUAACGGAAGCUGGCUGAAUGUGUGUGUUACUCCAGGGUUUGGAUGAAGAGCAAAGCGUGCAGCUGUUACAGUGUUUUCUUCAAGAAGAUUAUAGGGGGACCAGAGACUCAUUAAAGGUUGGUAAUUUUCAGCUGUGUGGGGAUCUAUCUUCAGUGUUUAUGUUGACAUAUGUUGCUACAGAUGGGUCUGUGUAGCUGGGAAUCUGCUAAUCCCUUUCUCUGUGUGAUGCUGCAAAGUUGGGUAAGGCCUAACUUCUUGGCUACAUUAGCCAUGCUAGCAAUCUCCUUAAAGUGAAUUUCAUUAAGUCUGCUGUCCUUUCCUAACUUGAGGGCCCUCCAGACAUUUUGAAUUACAGCUCCCAUCAGCCUCUGCAUCAUAUGGCUGUGCUGUCUGGGGCUGAUGGGAGUUAUAGUCCAAAACCCUUGGAGGGCCCUGGUCUGCUGUGCACACUGCCUUCAGGCAACAGUGAUGGCCACCAGCUUUAGCCACCAGCUUUAAUAAAGGAUUAGACGUAGCAAUGAAGGAGAAGUGGCAAGUAGCCAUUGAUGGCUUUAAUGACUAUGCCCUUGCUUCCAUGGUCAGAGGCACUAAUGCUUCUGAAUACCAGUUGCUGAAAACUGCACAUGGGAAGAGUGCUCUUGCACUUGGGUCCUGCUUGUGAGCUUCCCAUUGGGGCAUCUGGUUGGCCACUGUGAGAAUAGGAUGCUGUUGGGCCAAAGGCCUGAUCCAGCAGGGCUCUUACUAUAUUCUUUUGUGUUCUAAAAAUAGGUCCCAUUGAAUUUAACAGUAAGCUAGUUCUUGGUAAGAUUUUUAAAUGCACUAAUAAACAUUUUUAAGUGAGCCAAGUUUGAAGCUUGAAAUCCGGAGGAUGGUGGGGUGGGGAAUGUUAACCAAAUUCCCUUGCAGUGCUUCCAGUAUACAUGAGAUUUUGUUUCAUGCCACAAGCUAUUUUAUGAUGCUGUUAAUGGUUAUCAGUUACUUUAUGUUACUUUUAUUAUGUUUCUGCAUAGGCUGUUCUAGAAGACGAAAGGCAGAGUCAGGCUUUGAUACUGAAGGUCAGUAACUUGAUGCUGCAAUCUUAUUUUGGAUGGUCAUUUCUACACACUGCUUUUCUGCAGAUAGAUGUGGAAUCUGCUGAUGGUCCUUGCAACUUGAGGAGCUGUGGUGGUGAUGACCACAAUGGACGUGGAUUUGCUGGCACUUGUGACAGUUGCAAGGCUGCCUCCCUCCCACCUCAUCAUCCAGAUGUGUAGCAUAUUACAGUCAUACCUCGGGUUGAAGUAACUUCAGGAUAAGUAUUUUCGGAUUGCGCGUUGCGGCGACCCGGAAGUAACGGAGCAUGUUACUUCCGGGUUUCGCCGCAUGCGCAGAAGCAGCGAAUCGUGACCUGUGCAGAUGUGGGUUGCGUUCGCUUCUGGAUGCGAAUGGGGCUCCGCAACGGAUCCCAUUCACAUCCAGAGGUACUACUGUAAUUGUCCUUGGAGCAGUCAUAAAGCCAUUUCCCUUCAGAACAGGUGUUAAAAUAAGGGAGUCUUCUAAAAAUAUAUAUCUCCCCACCACCACUAAGUAAAUGUUUUAAUGGAUAAACAUGCUGGGUGUGUGUGUGUGUGUGUGUGUGUGUGUGUGUGUGUGUUUUAAAAUGCCACAGUCUUAAGGGACAAGAUGAGAAGAAAGACCUUAAGAUUUUCAGUGGAAGGUCCCUUUAAGUAGAGUGAGUUGAAGAAAUUGAUGACAUUCUGGGACCUUUAAUAGAGAGGUUGGGGAAUAUUUUAGUGACAACUCCUCCCAUCAGACCCAAGCAGGUUGGCCAUACAGUCAGGUAUGAUGGGAACUGGAGUCCAACAGCAUCUGGAAAGCCACAGGUUCCUUAGCCCUGUUUUAUAACCCAGAACACCAUAAAGUCUAGGGGUUAAGGGAAAGAAUUGACUACAGUGGUACCUCUGGUUACAAACUUAAUUCAUUCCAGAGGUCCGUUCUUAACCUGAAACCGUUCUUAACCUGAGGUACCACUUUAGCUAAUGGGGCUUCCCGCUGCCACCGUGCAAUUUCUGUUCUCAUCCUGAGGUAAAGUUCUUAACCUGAGGUUAAGUUAACUUCCAGGUUAGUGGAGUUUGUAACCUGAAGUGUCUAUAACCUGAGGUGUCUGUAAUCCGAGGUACCACUGUAUUUAGUAGAAAGUUAAUAGAAGGAUGUAGGGGAGGUCAUCUAAAAUCAAAAUGCAGCUACUAGUGUUAACGGGUGGUGAUAUAUAUUUCCACAGCUUGCUGACUAUUACUAUGAAGAGCGGAUCUGUAUCCUGCGCUGUGUCCUCCAGCUUCUCACAUAUUUCCAGGAUGAGAGACACCCUUACAUGGUGGGUAUUGGGCUUUUAUUUCCUGGUUCUCCGCACAAUAGAAAUAUUAAAAUAAAUCUGUCCCUGGUGAUGCUCUUAAUCAAAUUAUUUUGCUUUAUAAAAGGCCCAGUAUUCUCAUUGUGUGGAAAAACUGGAUAAGGAGCUGGUUCCUAAUUACCGGAAGCAGUUUGAGGAGCUGUACCAAUCCGAAGCACCCACAUGGGAGACCCACGGGAGCCUAAUGGUAUUUUGUUCCUUCCAGCUUUUUGUAUUUCUGACUUUCAUUAUUUGAAUGUUUUAAAAUAGUGGUUUAUAACUUUUUUUGCUGGUAAUUUCAUUAUUUUAUUCAUUGUGUAAUUCAUUUUAAAGGGUUGUUUCUGCUUUUAGAACCAAGCGGUAUAUACAUUUUCAGAAAUAAAUGAAUAAAUUAGCCCCAGCCAGCCUGACCAAAAUCCACAUGGGAUUGAGUUGCUUAAAAGCUAUCUUUUCUCUCUCUCCCCGCCCUAACCCCCAUGUUGUGUUUGCAUGUAAUUGUAAUUCGGAUCCUGCUUAUUCAGACCGAGCGGCAGGUGUCUCGCUGGUUCAUGCAGUGCCUCCGGGAGCAGUCAAUGCUGCUGGAAGUCAUUUUCCUCUACUAUGCCUACUUUGAGAUGGCAGCAGAAGAGCUGUUGACUUUCACCAAAAUGUUCAAAGAUCAGGGGUUUGGCUCCCGGCAGACCAACAGGCACCUGGUGGAUGAGAGCAUGGAUCAUCUCGUUGAGCGCAUCGGGUGAGUAGGGGGGCCUCUCAAAAAGGCUGUUGCAGCCCCAAGCAUGUUCCAGAUUGUUGGAAGAUUUAGGGCAGGCAAAAGAAAAUCCUUCCUCACACAACAGGUUGUUUAACUAUGGAACUUGCUUCCGCAGGAGGCAGUAAUGGCCACCAACCUGGCUUUAAAAAGGGAAUUAGACAAAUUCGUAGAGGAGGGGGGUAUCAGUGGCUACUAGUCACGAUGGCUAUGCUUGCAGUUGGAGGCAGCAAUGCUUCUGAAUAUCAGUUGCUGGAAGCCACAGGAGGGAAGAGUGCCCUUGUGCUCAGAUCCUGCUUGUGGCUUCCCUACAGGUUGGCUCCUGUGAGAACAGGAUCCUGAACUAGAUGGGGCUAAUGGCCUGAUUCAGCAUGACCUUCUAUUCUUAUUUAUUCAUUGCAUUUAUAUAAUGCCUUUCUGCCAGGGUACCCAAGCAGUUUACAGUUUUAAAGCACUAAGACAAAUGAUAUAAUAUGUAAAGGUUUUAUUUGGGUGGGGGCAGGCCAACUGGAGCAGACCCUGAUGUUGUCUGGGCUGCCUCCCUUGCACUCCUCUCUCCCUUUUUCUUAAUGUCUUCACAGCCUGCUUCUCCCACGACAUUGCUUUAUGUCCAAAGGUUUAUUAGGGUGGUGGGGUAGUACACAGAUGUAUGUGAAAAACAUCCAUGCAUCUGUUUUGCCACAUCUGGGUGGAUGUGUUGAGAAUAUGUAGGGAGAUUCUGCAGCCAAAGCAUAUAAUACUCUGUGUUUUUACAUGUCUUUUUUUAAACCAUUGUGGGCAAAAGGGCCCACUUCGCUCUUGGCAUUACAGUGCCACAUCUAGUUUGCUCGUGAGCAUUACAGAAACUGGAAGAGAGACAUUCCUUCAUUUUGCAGUUAAUGACUUUGCUGUCUGUUUUUGCUCACCAGCCAUCAAAGCUGCUCUGAUUUUUUUCUUUUUUACAUCACACCUCUCAAAGAAAAAAUAUGGUUGAAAAGAAUAAAGAAAUAAUUGCACAUGAUCUCCUGAAUAUUUCUUAUUCCAGUUCUAACUUCCUUGACCCACCCCGUCCCUCACCUAUAUCUUUUUCUUGCCACCUUACUCCUUAUCUUCCAGGUACUUCAGUGCUCUCAUUCUAGUGGAAGGCAUGGAAAUCGACUCUCUGCAUGAGCGCGUGUUGGAUGACAGGAAAGAGGAGCAUAAAUUCUCUGGCAGCGGGCAGAUCCGCCAAGUAAGCCCAUUUCAAGUCCUGCCUGUUCAGUGGUGAAACCUACAAAAGAAUAAUCAGGAAAGCCAGUGGGGUGUAGUAUUUAGGGUAUUGGGCUAGGACCUGGGAAACCAGAGUCCAAAUCUCCACUUGGCUAUGAAGGUCAUCUUGGGCCAGUCACUUUCUCUCAGCCUAACCCAUCUCACAGGAGGAUAAAAUGGGGAGAAGGAUAUCUAUGUACACCACCUUGUGCUCCUUGGAGGAAAGAUGGGAUAUAAAUGUAAUUUUAAAAAUGAAUGCUUCUAUGUCCAAAUUCCCUGAGUAAGAGCUUGAUUCUCUUGUUCCGAGUAGGAGGUGGACUGCUUGCUGUUAACUCUUGGGGAUGUCACACAUCAUGCCCCAGUUCUCUUGGCCUGGGCUUUGCUGCGCCACAUGUUGAGCCCCGAAGAGUCUCCUAGCGCGAUCAGAAGGAUGGGCAGCACAGCUAUUCAGCUGAAUGUAUUUCAGUACCUCACCAAGCUUCUCCGAUCAAUAAGCGGCGAGGGAAAUGUGAGUCCCAUGUCUUGUGCAAUCUCAUGGAAGCUCUUGAGCAGAGGCGGGUGGAACCUCCAGCCUCUGCGAGCCUAUCUUGGCCCACCCAAGGGUCCAGUUUGACCCCUGAGACACUUUCCGCAUAACUAUGCCAGCUGUCAAACAGGUGACAAGUUGGAACUUGUGCAUAGAAGGGCAACCAAGAUGAUUAAGGGUUGGAAAUCAAGCCUUAUAAGGAACGGUUGAGGGAGCUGGGUAUUUUUAGCCUGGAAAAGAAGAGACUGAGAGGAGAAAUCAUAGCCAUCUUCAAAUAUAUGAAGGGCUAUCACAUGGAGGAUGGAGCAAGCUUCUUUUCUCAUGCUCUAGAGGGUAGGAUUCCAACCAAUGGAUUCAAGUUACAAGAAAGGAGAUUCCACCUAAUUUAAGGAAGAACUUUCUGACAUUAAGAGCUGUUUGACAGUGGAACGAACUCCCUCAGGAGUGUGUGGACUCUCCCUCAUUGAAGGUUUUUAAGCAGAGGUUGGAUGGUUGGAUGCUGUAGUUGAGAUUCCUGCAUUGCAGGGGGUUAUACUAGAUGACCUUUGUUGUGCCAGGCAACAACAUUCCUUUUCAACCAGGCCUUUUGCUUUUAAUUAUGGCUUUUAAAAAUAUGGGUGUGAUGUACUAAUGUUGUUCUCCACACCUCCCCCCAGUUUUAAUGUAUGUGUUUUAAUUUUUUUUAGAUGCUGUGGCAAAAAAGCAAUUAACAAAUUUAAUAACUAAAUAAAUGUAUUCAUUUUUACAUUUGCAGAGUUUGGGCUUGUUACUUUGGGUUGUGUGAUCGUAAUAGAUGUCUCAUUAAAUUCUGUGCUCAACUUCUGUAGUUUCUGAAUGAGUCUUUGUUCACUCCAUAUCCUUUCCUCCCACUCUCUUUGCUCUGCAGUGCAUCGCCAGCACAGCCUGCAUGUGCAUUUAUGGCCUGCUCUCCUUUGUGCUGACCUCCUUGGAGUUGCACACAUUGGGCAAUCAGCAGGUAGGAGGCCAAAGGCUUAAGACGGGAGUUGGUGGUUCCGACAUUGGGUGGGCACACAAGUUUGGUGAAGUCUGGUUUAAACAGUCUUGAACCUGGUUUAAUUCUUGAGGUUUACGGUGGAAGAACCAGAAACAAGUGAUGUGUAAUGUUGUGGGUGGUUUUCUCUCUCCUUUCUAAAGGACAUAAUAGAUACAGCGUGUGAAGUUCUGGCUUCUUCCAGCAUUCCUCCACUGUUCUGGAAAACAGUAAGUUAGCUGCAGUUGGCCUGCAUUUUCUUACAUUGUAUUCCUUUGACCAAAGCCUUUAUGGGGAAAUCAUCUUUCGGGCUUUGGACCUCUGCUUGCUGUUUUGAGCAAUAGACUUAUUGUGUUGCUCUUCUUUGCAUUGUGGCCUUCGGAAAACUAUUGGUGAUGGGCAUUAUUAUAGUUGUGAUGGGCAGAUUGUGUUCUUUACUUCAUUCUGAUUAGCAGCAGUGGAUUCCAAGACUGACUGGGGAGUAGGAAAGUGGCCAUUUGCAGUGCUGGCCAGCCUGGGGCUCUGCAUCCAUGUGGACUCUGAGGCUGGCAGACAGAGAAACCAGCAGAGCUGGGGAUCUGCUGCUGCAGUCUGUUUGGUCUUUACCUCCUUUGAUGGCCUGGGCUGCCCAUCCACUGCCUUUUGUCAUGCUGUAGUUUGCACUGUGGCCAGGGGAACUGCCACAUGGCAACACACUUUCAUUUUUAUUACAUAGUCUGUUACAAACUUUUCUAUCUCAAACUUCUAUUGCUCAUGCACCAUCUCCAAACUUGUCCACCUCUAAACUUCCAGUGGCUAGGAUGUGGAGCACACUUGUGCUCUAAAGCUAGGAACUCCCAAUGCCCAAGCUGAUCUGAUGUUAGCAGCUCAAGAAAAUGCCUUUGAUUAGCACCAGUUUGUAAUGGACAUUCUGUGCAUGUCUUUCUCACACCAGGAGCCAAGUGCAGGUCUGGGCAUUAUUUUGGACAGUGUCUGCGGGAUGUUCCCCCACCUCCUCUCUCCUCUUCUGCAGUUACUCACAGCCCUUGUCUCUGAUAAAUCUACAGCAAAAAAGGUACAUUUGGAGGCUAAUAAAUCCUAGAGUGCUUUUAAUUACCACUGUCUGGAACCAGUGCAGUUGCUAGAAUGUGGAAAUUAUACUGGGGAGACUGGUUUAAAAAUCUGUAUUCAGUCACAGGGUGGAGCUUGGGCUUUUAAAGUCAAUCUUUCAAAAGGUAGUUGUGGUGAUAAAAAUAAGAUGGGGCAUGCACACUACCUUAGAUAAAAGAGUGGGGUGGUUAUGUGAAAGAUAUAUCAGACUUCCAACUCCUUCCCACAAUGAAGGAGUCUCUGCCUUUGUCCCCCCACCUCUCUGCUUAAAGGUCUAUAGCUUCUUGGAUAAGAUGUCCUUCUACAUAGAGGUCUACAAGCACAAGCCUCCAGAUGUAGUUUCUCAUGAAGACGGUACCCUGUGGCGAAGGCAGGCGCCGAAGCUGCUGUAUCCCCUUGGUAAGAAAGAAGGCAGGGCUCUUUGCCCCAGGGUCGUCCCAACUCCUUGUUUGUCCUCUCUAAUUAUUCUUAUUUUUAUUACACUCAUAUCCCACCUUUCUUCCAAGGAGCUCAAGGUGGUGUACGUAGUUCUUCCCGCUCCAUUUAAUCCUCACAACAGCCCUGUGAGUUAGGUCAGGCUGAGAGGCAAUGAUUGGCCCAAGGUCACCCAGUGAGCUUCAUGGCUGAGCAAGGGGAUUUGAACAUUUGCCUCCCAAUACCUGUCAAGCAGCAUGGGAAGCAGAAGUUGGGACCAUUUGGGAUCCUACAGUUUUAUGUUCUGCUGAGGCGGCCAGCAUCAAAUGCCCAGGGCCACCUUCUGGACCAUAAUUGCCAGCUUGGAACUGUGACACUAUCUAAUAGUCCAAAAGAUUUCCAUGAUAACUAAAUGAUACUGCAAAGAUGCAAAACAAUGGAGAGGCAUAUGUGUGGCCCAAAAAGUGAAAACUUUAGGAGAGUAAUGGGACAAUAAAGAGGCAGGGCAGGAGUGGGGAAUAUUUUUCAGGCUGAGGACCACAUUCUUUUCCAGGAGCCACAUGCCAGUGGUGGUGGGGCAAAGGCAGAAGCUGGCAGAGCAGCAAAUGUGCAUCUUACCAGUAGGCUAGUUUCUACAGAGUCAUGGACACACCUCUCCAUCUUCUGUCCAGACAAACCAAAGGCAGCAUCAGAGUUCAGGUGCAUGUUCCAGGAAGCUGAAAACCUUCAAGGCGGGUGGGAAGCAGGAACAGGAGUGGGUGGCCUGGUGAGCUUGAGAUAGAGGAUGGAAUAUGAAUGAUAGGCGUGAGAGGUGAUGGUAUCAGUGUGUCAAAACUUUGCUUCCUUAAUAGAGCCAAUAACAAGAAGCUUCUGUGACAUUUUCUGAUAAUUGUGUUUUGAUUGAGUUGAUGGUGGUGGGACAUAAUAAAUAUUAUCACCAUCAUCAUUCCCUUGGCACAUAAGUUUGGUGACUGUAUGGUAAUUUCUAUUUUACACCUAUCAAAAGAAUGUGAAAGUUAAAUGUUGGUUUGUUAGUUGUUCUGUAUAUACUACUUGCACUUAGCUUAAAGGUAAAGGGACCCCUGACCAUUAGGUCCAGUUGUGGCCGACUCUGGGGCUGCGGCGCUCAUCUCGCUUUAUUGGCUGAGGAAGCUAGCGUACAGCUUCUGGGUCAUGUGGCCAGCAUGACUAAGCCGCUUCUGGCGAAUCACAGCAGCGCACGGAAAUGUCGUUUACCUUCCCACCGGAGCGGUACCUAUUUAUCUACUGGUGCUUUGAUGUGCUUUCGAACUGCUAGGUUGGCAGGAGCAGGGACCGAGCAACGGGAGCUCACCCCGUUGCAGGGAUUCGAACCGCUGACCUUCUGAUCGGCAAGUCCUAGGCUCUGUGGUUCAACCCACAGUGCCACCCGCAUCCCGCACUUAGCUUGGGUGAAACCAAAUGAUCCUGUGAUAUUUUUCCUUGUAUCUGGCUUGGUUUUGUCUUCUUUUGUUCUUAUGUAAUGCCACAAGGUAGUAAAAUUAUUAACCAGGCAGGUGCCUUCACUUUGUUCUUUUUGGCACCUGCUAACCCCCCCUUUUUUUUAGACAAGCCUGACCAGAUAUGUAGAAAGUCAAUGCAAGUAUUAAUCUAUUGUUAACCUAUUGCUAGUUUAACUUUAUGAAAGUUCUAAAGUGAGAGAGUGGAUUGGUUGUCUUAUUCUGCAGCUGAUUCAUACUAUCCUGUAUAUGUGCCCUGAGAUGGAUCCUCACAGCAGGUAACGUUUUUAAGCAGAGGCUGGAUGGCCGUCUUACCAUGGAUGCUUUAGCUGAGAUUCCUGCAUUUCAGGGGGUUGGACUAAAUGACCCUGAGGGUCCCCCCAACUUUAUCCAAUUCUAUGGUUGUUGUUGAUUCUUCUUAUUGAUAACUUUUUAACUUUUGCUUUUAGAGUUUUUUUAUACAAUCAAGCUGUGUAUGAAUCUUAUGAAAUAAAUCAUUCUGGAAUGUUACUUGUUUUUUUCCUAAAUACAAAUGUCCGUAGUUUAAGAAAUUUCAACUCGCACGAAGGUCUUGACUUUGUUUUGCUCCUUGUCCCCUUUCCCCACUUUUUAGGGCUAGGCCAGACAAACCUACGGAUACCUCAGGGAACAGUGGGCCAGGUGAUGCUGGAUGACCAGGCCUAUUUGGUACGAUGGGAGUACUCCUACAGCAGCUGGACGCUGUUCACUUGCGAGAUUGAGAUGCUGUUGCAUGUAGUGUCGACUGCAGGUGAGUCUCUCCCAGAAAUUUGGAAAAGCAGGGUGGGGACUCUGUAAAAUAUGUUGUGAGGUGUACUGCUAACACAGUGACAGAGCAGCAGCCUUGCAUUCAGAAGGUCCCAGGCUCAGUCCCCAAUGGCAUCUCCAGGUAGGACUGGAGCAGGUAGUGCUGGGAGACACUCCCUGCCUGAAACCCUGGAACGCAGCGUUGCUGCCAGUUAGUGUCUACAGUACUAAGCAAAAUAGAACCCAAUGGUCUGACUCAGUAGAAGGCAGCUUCCUACGCUCCUGUUUAAUUCAGUCCUUUAUUCAGAACUGUGAGGACCAGAGCUCGGUGACAUUUGCAUGGAGAAGGUCCCAAGUUCAAUCCCUGAUGUCUCCAUGUAGGCGUGGCUGAAACCACCACUGAGAGCCACUGCUGCCAGUCAAUGUAAACAAUAGUAAGCUAGAUGGACACUGGUCUCACACAGUAUAAGGCACCUUCCUGUGUUCCUAUGAUGAGUAAAACAAAAACCCAUCAGCUCACUAGUAGCCCCUGCUUCUUAAUGUUCCUUGCUUUUACCUUGUCUGGGUGUCUCACACUAAAUGCAUUCCGUUUUUCCCAGAUGUCAUUCAGCACUGCCAGAGGGUUAAGCCGAUCAUUGAUCUGGUUCACAAAGUCAUCAGCACUGAUGUGUCAAUCGCCGAUUGUCUCCUGCCCAUUACUUCACGGAUCUACAUGCUGUUACAAAGGUAAAGGCAGCCUGUGUGGUCAUUCUGCUUAAGCCUCUCCAAGAGAGAUGGAGAUAAAACUCCCAAGUACUUAUUUUUUUUAAAAAAAAAUCUAAUUGCUUUUAACAUAUAAAUUAUAAAAUGUACCACAAAACUUAUCACUUAUACAAUCUUUUUAGUCUUCCAUCAGCACCUCUGAUGAUCCACCGUUUUAACCACUUCUUAUGCAUUUCUUAACUUUAUAUUGCCUUUACAUCUCUUAACAAAUCAUCCUUCCCCUUCUCCAUUUUUGCAAUACUUCCAAUAAUACUCCUCACAAAACUUCUAGCAAACCUACGAACGUCGUCUGAUCUUCAGAAAUACUUUUCAAAUAGUCUGUAAAUUUACUCCAGUCUUCCGUGAAUUUCUAGUCCCGCCGGUUUUGAAUCCUUCCUGUUAGUUUAUGUAGUUCUGUAUAGUCCAUUAACUUCAUCCUCCAUUCUUCAAUUGUCGGUAAUUCUUCUUGCUUCCAUUUUUGGGCCAGUAAUAUUCUUGCUGCUGUUAUUGCAUAUAAAAAGAGCUUAUAUUCCUUUCUAUUUAUAUCACUUCCAACAAUGCCCAGUAAAAAUGCUUCUGGUUUCUUUAUAAAUGUGUAUUUCAACAUUUUUUUCAUAUCAUUAUAUAUCAUCUCCCAGAAGCAUUUCACCUUUUUACAUUCCCACCACAUGUGAUAAAAUGUUCCCUCUUUUUCUUUACAUUUCCAACAUUUAUUACUGACUUUAUACAUUUUCACUAACUUGACAGGUGACAUAUACCAUCUAUACAUCAUUGCCAUCACAUUUUCUUUUAGGGCAUUGCAUGCAGUAAAUUUCUUUCCAUAAUUUUACCCAAUCACUCAGCUGUAUAUUUGGUCCAGUGAAUCAUAACCAACUUAACCUCCUCGUCCUUCAAAUGCCAUUCAAGCAGCAAUUUAUACAUUCUAGACAAAAUUUUAGAAUCAUUACUUAAUAUCUCUAAUUCAAACUUUGAUCCACUUUCAUCAAAUCCUUUUUCUAAAACUCCCAAGUACUUAAGCCGGUGCCGGAACGACGAGAUGGUAUCAUCCUUUUGACUGUUUUGGAAAAGCUCUGUGUAUUUAUUUUUGCCUCUCUUCCAGGCUGACUACUGUUAUUUCUCCCCCGGUUGACGUUAUUGCUUCUUGCGUCAACUGUUUGACCGUCCUAGCCUCUCGGAUGCCUGCAAAGGUAAAGGGGCCCUCUCUGGCUUUGCUUCUAUUGGAGUUGUCUCCAACAGGUGUAAUGAUCAGAUGUAAUGAACAGAUAAAUACACUUUUUGCUCUCCCUUUUCAGGUUUGGAUGGAUCUUCACCACACAGGCUUUUUACCAUUCGUUGCCAAUCCGGUCUCUAGUAUGAGCCACAUGAUCAGGUAAUUUGACUGACAUCCAUGGAACAAUGAAUCCACUGACUGGAUGGCCAUCGUGUUUAUUGUUACUUAAACACUUACAAACCAUUAAUUUUUAAACGUUUUCUAAGCAAUGUACAGCAUAAUAAAUUGUAGCAUUAUAACAAUAAACAUAUAGCAAUUUAACAAAAACACAACAUAAAGCCAGUGGAACAGUAGUAGAAUCAUAGAAUGGAAGGGACUCAAGAGUCAUCUAAUCCAAUGGAAACAGAUAUGGCCAAGCGGAAUAAUUUUAUUGACUGUGGUUGGUAAUGUGGUUUAUUACCAAAUACGAUUUCUGGUUUGACAAUGUUUGAAUGUAUAGUAAUAAGCAUUUAAGUCAUUGAAAUAUAUCUUACUUUCUUUCUGCUCCCUAAUUGGAUCCCUGACAUCGCCAGGCAAGGCUGGGGGAGAGACCCUGCCUGAAACAUCAAGAGAGCUGCUGCCAGUCAGUGUUGAUAAUGCUGACCUAGAUGGAUCAGCGGUAUGAUUCUGUCGAGUGCAGUUUCCUACAUUCCUGACUGGCAGUGAUCCUUCAGGGUUUUAGAAAGUUUUGCCCACUUUUACCAUUCACCAUACAAAGGAAAGUGCUUUGCUACCGAGAGUAUCCUCUCCAUCUUGUUUUUUUAAAAAAAAUGAUAUUUAUUAAAAUUUCAGAAACAAAAAAUUACAUAGUUAAAAAUAAAAGAGACAAGGAAAAAUACAGAAAAAAAGGAGAAAAAACAUACAAAAUACAAAGUAUAGAAUUUUUUUUAGAAAAAACACUUAAAAACAAAUUAAUCCUUCCGUAUCUUACAUUUCAUUUCCUUGCUUCCCUGACCUCCUCUCACCUCCCUUUUUUGUAUUCCAAUUCCAUUGGCUAAUUCAGCAAUUCCUUUCCCUCUUUGUUUUUAUCUUAGUCCUUUAACUUAAUAUAUUAUAGCUUUAGAUUCUCACCUAUUAACCAUCCAUUUUUGCAUACACCUUUAUGACAUUGCUGCUAAAACCACUUAACUUCAUUCUGACAUCAUUCUAAGAUUCAUUAAUUUUACAAUAUUUCUGUAAGUAGUCUUUAAAUUUCUUCCAAUCUUCUUCCACCGACUCUUCACCCUGGUCUCGGAUUCUGCCAGUCAUUUCCGCCAAUUCCAUGUAGUCCAUCACCUUCAUCGAGUAUCCUCUCCAUCUUGGUAUUAGGCAGCUUCCUAUAUUCUUGCGUGUCGUCAACAAUUGCACACUCUUGCAGUUUCCUCAGUCAUGGAUUGGAGUGCACAGUCUCACACUUCCCUCACUUUCUUUCCCUGUUGCUUGUUUGUCCUCUUUUCUCACAGUGCAGAAGGAAUGAAUGCUGGAGGCUAUGGCAGUCUGCUGAUGAGUAUUGAGCAGCCGCAGGGCGAAUAUGGUGUAACGACCUCCUUCUUGAAUUUAGUCAUGACACUCAUACGGGUAAGUGCUUUUGGGGAGAAGGAAUACUUCCUGCAUCAUGCAGUGGGGAACAUUUAUUAGUUUUUUAGACUGGGGUCUUAUUGGUUUAAGGUGUUCUUGUUUUAUUUUAUUUUAUUUUAUAUUGUAUACUGCUUAGUGUUUGUAAAAAAAAAUAAAAAAUUGCGAGCUGUUUCUGAAUGUUUUUGAAGAAAUAAAAAAUCAGCAAGGAAUGUCCAGGCUUUUCUGCUUUUUUAUUUUUUUUGGGGGGGGGGGUUUCCUGAUUGACUUGAGAUUCUUUACAUUUAUCCUGUUUUUCUACAAAGCAUCCAAAGCAUCUUAUCUAAAAAGGAGAAUAUAUAUAUAUUGCUAAAAUAAAAAACACAGUUGCAUAAUUGUUGCAGUAACUUCAGAAAUACAGAAACAGGGUUUGGAAUCGGGUAAUAACAAAGAAAGCUUGUGGUCUCUUCGUUCCUUUGAUUUUGGUCUUGGGUUUCUUGACUGCUUUUCCUUAGGGGCAGCUUGGCAACACCCAAAGCCAAGGUCUGGUGCCGUGCAUCGUGUUUGUCCUGAAGGAGAUGCUCCCCAACUACCACAAAUGGCGCUACAACUCCCAUGGAGUGAGAGAGAGAAUUGGUAAGCACGACUUCUGUGGGUGGAUGGAGCUAAGGAUUUGGGGUAUUCCCACCCCACCCCAAACCUAUAGCAUUUGUGACCUGCUUUUCAUCCAAAAAGGCUCCCAGAAGUGGAUUACAAUUGAUUGAAACAAGACAGUACCUGCCCUCAAUCUUGCCAUCUUAAAGAACAGCACACAAAGGAUUUUCAUUUUUAUAAAGAGAAACAGAAAGACAUAGAGCCAACAAGUAUAACAACCAUUCAGAAAAAGUUACCUUGGACCUUACAAUAACAAAAAAAUGUGAAGGGUUGGCGUCGGGAUACAGGUGGGGACCAUUUUAAGCACAGCCAAAUGACGCGCAAUCUGGCGUGCAGGUCGUUUUGGACGCAGAAGAGAAGUGGGGCAGAACUGGCAGUUUAAGUCCACUCCCCACCCCUGUCCUGACAAUGGUUUCCCUCUCCCUCUUGGUUUUUCAGGUUGCCUUAUCCUGCAGCUGAUUCAUGCUAUCCUAAAUCUGUCCCCUGAGAUGGAAACUCAGAGCAGGUAAAUUUAAGGUUUUUAAACAGAGGUUAUAUGGCCAUCUGCCAUGGAUGCUUUAGUUGAGAUGACCCUUGGGGUCCCUUCCAACUCUGCAUUUUGUGUGUGUGUUUUGUGCCUAUGAUUUUUUUGUCAUAGGAAGCUUCCUUUCUGUCAGGUCAGACUACUUGUUCCUUCUAGCCCAGUGCUGUCUGCUCUGACUGGCAGCAACCUUCCAGCGUCUCUGGUGGAGAGAGGGGUCUUUCCCAUCAUUUGCUAACUCCAGAGAAGCCAGAGUGGUAUUCUCCAGCUGUUCUUAGGCUCCAGCUCCCAUCAGCUCCAGCCAGCAUGGCCAGUGAUCAGGGAUGGUGGUAUUUGUAGUCCAGCAACAUCUGGAGGGCCCCAUGUUGGCUGUUGGCUGGGACCUUCUGUAUGCAAAGCAUGUGUUUUCCCCUACAGAUUUUGUUUCCCCUACCCUAAUAAUAAUAAUAAUAAUAAUAAUAAUAAUAAUAAUUCACAGCCCCAUGCACACUUCAUUUUCAGAAUGGGAGUUGUUGUUGUUGCUCCUUACAUCAUUUUUAUAAUAAAUCUAUCUUAAACUUACGAUGAAAGUGGAACAAAUGAAACAUAAGAAACUACCUUGUACUGAGUUGGUUCAUCUAAUUCAGUACUGCCUACAUUGACCUGCAGUAGCUCUCCAGGCCUACCUGGAGAUACCAGGGAUUGAACCUGGGACCUUUUGCAUGCCAAGCGGAUGCUCUACCACUGAGCUACUGCCCUAUCCCUCAGAAUGGGAUGAGUUUUUAAAUUUAUACCCCCACUCUUCCUCCCAAAGGAGACCAGGACACGACAGCCCUGCAUAAGAGUUGAACUGCUAGUACUCAUGGCUAUGGAGACGUCAGCUCUCUGUCCACUUUUUUUUUAUAGCGCUGGUUGUAUUGGGGUUAACUGCGAGGACUUUCACAUUGAGUUGAGAUCCAUGUUCUUGCCUUUUUUCAGCGGGGCCCCUAGCCUGCAGUCCCUCUGCAUCUUCAGCCUGGCCAACACGGAAGCAGGACAGGCCGUCAUAAACAUCAUGGGCAUUGGUGUGGACACCAUUGAUAUGGUGAUGGCCACACAGUCUAGCAGGUGAGUACUUUGUUGCCUGCCCCCCUCUCAGCUCCCCAGGGGCAUUCUUUUGUAAGGAAUAGCAGAUAAAAUAUUGACAUGUUGCAUUGUAUCAAAUAAAACAAUACGAAAAAAUGCAGUGGUUCAAUAAUUCCAGCAGCUAGUAAGCCAACGGAAGUAAACAUGGUGAAGUAGAAGUUAAAAACAGUACAGUAAAUAAACCACCAAAAUCCUAGGUGAAUAGGUACCCUGUUGGAGGUAGGGUAUACCAAUUGCUGGGAAUCACAAGUGGGGAGUGUGUUGCUGUUGUGCUCAGGUUCUGCUUGCAAGCUUCCGAUUGAGACCUCUGGGUGGCCACUGUGAGAAUAGAAUGCUGGAGUAAAUGGGCCACUGGCCUGAUCCAGCAGGAUUCCUCUUAUGUUCUCUUUCUCCCCUGUCAGAGGUUGUUUGAGUCUGAAUACUGGUUGGUGGAAAUCACAAGUGAAGAAAGUCGCUGUUGCCCUUGGAUCCUGCUCAUGGCUUCCAAAGAGGCCAAUUAUUGGCUUCUGUGUGAACAGAGUGCUGAGCUAGAUAGGCCAUAGGUCUCAUCUAGCAGACUCAACCACCUUAGUUAGGCACCAGGAACCCAAGGAUGCAUGGGGUGGUGUAGGUCUUGAACAAAGGCCCCGAUGGGAACUCUGCCAGUUGUGUGUGUCCGCUUGCACUGUGAUCUUACAACCCUAAAAGGAGGGUGGUGGUUAUGUGGCCCCUAAUACAGAGGUGUGCUUGAGAGUUUCAUGCAUUGAUUUGAGGUUAGCCAUUAGCCUCUAAUGUGAUCAGAGUGCUCUGAAAAAGUGCUGUGGAAAUGAUGGGUGCUAAUGCAAUUCUCGCUGACAAUGCAGUGAUGAGUCUCAUGGCCAGGGCCAGCUGCUCAUCCAGACAGUGAAACUGGCGUUCUCUGUCACCAACAACGUUAUCCGGUUGAAGCCGCCGUCCAAUGUGGUGUCUCCUCUGGAACAUUCCCUUACGCAGCAUGGUAGGUACCUCCUUUUAUAUGUUCUGUAGCCAGGAAUGUGGCACACUAGUUUUAUGCCUAGACAACCUGUGUGUAGUUUUCUUGUUUCCUUUUAAUUACAUGUUUACCAGAGAGAGGAAGGGAAAAGAAAAAGAAAACUACCUCAUCAGCUCACAUUAACAAUUGUUAUAGCCCUUGAAUUUUUAACAUUUAACAAUUACAAUUUCUAAUCUACUGUAUUCUUCUUCACAUUUUUGUUUUAAAAACAGCACCUUUUAAGAAAAAAAAUCCAGUGACUAUCAGUACAUCCAUUUUAAUUUAAACAUAUUAAUUGAUAUGUGAAACAGGUACCUACAACCUGUGUGUGGUUUUCAGAAUUUGCAUUUUGAGAAAGGGAUGUGGGUUGUUGAAGGAAGCUGCUUUUUUUUACACUUCCUUCGUAAGGAAAUAUUUUCCUCAGAGAUGCAUGAAUCUUCUUUGUGAUUUUUUUUAAAAAACUCUUCUCUUGCCAGGUGCCCACAGGAACAACCUGAUUGCUAUCUUGGCCAAAUAUAUCUACCACAAACACGACCCUGCCUUGCCACGCCUCGCCAUCCAGCUUCUGAAGCGGCUUGCCACAGUAAGUCUUUUACUGUUUUCUACCCAUUAAAGGGCUUUUGUGGUUUUUCCAUGGAGAUGAUUCAGUAUAUUUGUUAGUGCAAUUCUUACAAGGCCAUUGAAAGCAACUUUAUUUCCCCAUCCUUAAAAAUAGGACCUCCUGUGUGGUUGGGGGAAAUCAGUACAGUGGUACCUCAGGUUACAUACGCUUCAGGUUACAUACGCUUCAGGUUACACACUCCGCUAACCCAGAAAUUGUGCUUCAGGUUAAGAACUUUGCUUCAGGAUGAGAACAGAAAUUGUGCUCCGGCAGCGCGGCAGCGGCAGGAGGCCCCAUUAGCUAAAGUGGUGCUUCUGGUUAAGAACAGUUUCAGGUUAAGUACGGACCUCCAGAACGAAUUAAGUACAUAACCCGAGGUACUACUGUAGUCACUAACUGUUCUAUCUCCACUGUUGGAGGCAGCAAUGCAUCUGAACUCUGGUUGCUGGGAACCACAGGAAGGGAGUGUGUUGCUGUUGUGAUCAGGUCCUAAUUGCAAGCUUCUCAUUGGGGCAUCUGGUUGGCCUGAUCUAGCAGCCAGGCUCUUACGUUCUUAUGCCCACCCCCUACAGUAAGCAGGACUUCUCAGAAUUUCUGAAAAGUCCUGAAGGGGUCACCACUGCUUAAUACACAGAAAGAGUCCUGCUGAAUCAGGCCAGUAACCCCUCUUAUCUAUCAUCCUGCUCUCACAGUGGCCCACUAGAUGCCUCCAUGAGAAGCCCUCAAGCAGGAACCAAGCACAAGAGCAACACUCCCCCCUCCCGUGGUUUCCAACAAUGGGUAUUCAGAAGCGUUGCUGCUUCCGACACUGGUGGCCAAGCAUAGCUGUUGUGGCUAGUAACAUAUUAUAAAGCUUCAGUGGAUUAGGUUUGGCAAAUCUGAGACCUUCUUCCUCUCUAUCCUGUUACAGCAUCCAAAGUCAAUCUCUCCUGAACAAGCAUAAGAAUAGUGAAUGCCUAAGCAUUUUUGAAAAGCAUUGCAAUACUUUUAAAAAAUUGGAUUGGAUUUUGACAAAUUUGGUUAUUUAGUAGAGUUUUAUUUCAUUUAUUUUAGGUUGCUCCAAUGUCUGUCUAUGCCUGCCUUGGGAAUGAUGCUGCUGCCAUCCGUGAUGCCUUCCUGACACGCCUGCAGAGCAAAAUCGAGGACAUGCGCAUCAAAGUCAUGAUUCUCGAGUUCCUCACCGUUGCUGUGGAAACGCAGCCUGGCCUCAUUGAGCUGUUCCUCAAUCUGGAAGUAAAUGAUGGGACUGAUGGAUCAAAGGUAGACUCUGUGUGUGUGUGUGUGUGUGUGUGUGUGUGUGCGCGUGUGUGUCUGAGAGAGAGAGCGCGAGAGCGCGCGCGAGAGAGAGCGCACAAUAAUUUUUCACUUUUGUGACCUAGAAUCGUUACCUUAGCCACCUCCCUUUUGCUUGAAUGAUUCAGCCCACAUAUUUUGAUCUGCUUUAAUAUUUGCAUGCUGCUUUCCCAUUCACAGCAUUGAGUUCAAAGAAGCUCGAGAGAAUAGCAGAGCAUUAAAAAUUAGAACCUCCAUACAGUUCAGUGUGCAAACUCACAAUAGUUCAAAGAGUAUUGUGAUAAUUCAAAGAUCAGAAGUUGCAGGUCAGCAUCAGCCCUGAAACCAGCUGACAUAAUCUCUCUGACAUAAUCUUUCUUCACUCACCGCAGCAGCCACGAUCCUAGGCUUCCCACAAAGGAGAUCUGGUUUCACUCAGCACUUGAUAGAACACCCACACACAAAACCUUUACAAAAACUUGCACAGUCGCUGGCUACUAGUUCGUGCCUAGGUUUAGGCACAAGGUGAGAAAGUUUGCAGUGUUUGGGACUUUUUAGUUUAGAAGCGACAUUGUAAGCUUAUAGACAUGUGACAGAAAAAGUGGAUAGAGAGAGGUUUUCCUUCCUUUCUCAUAACACUAGAAUGUGUAGUCUUCCAUUGAAGCUGGAGUUCUUCAAGCAGCACACAGUUAACAAUGAAGCUCGCUCCCACAGAAGGCAGUGAUGGUCACCAACCUAAAUGGCUUUGGAUUGGACAAAUUCAUAGAGGAGGAUAGGGCCGUCAGUGGCCACUAGCCGUGAUGGCUAUGCUCUGCCUCCACAUUCUGAGGCAGCUAUGCUUCUGAAUAUCAGUUGCUGGAAAGCACAGGAGGAUUUUACAGGUUUCCCAUAAUGACCAUCUGGUUGGCCACUGUGAGAAGAGGAUGUUGGGCCAGAUGGCGAGUCAUAGGUCUGAUCCAGCAGACUCUUAUAAGUUUCCUCUCUGCCACAGAAGGGGCAGAAUUCAGCAUUCUCUUUUCUCUCCCAGUGACUUGACCACAUUAUAUGGUCGCCACACAGACCUCCACACUCCUGCCACCCUGCUGUUGUAGCUUCUGUGAACUAAAGCAUGUCCUUAAAAGUUUUUCUCCUCUCCCACUGCCACUCUUUUUGCAUUUUGUUUUUUUCUGGUAUAGGAAUUCAACUUAGGAGAGUGGAGCUGCCUUCACGUAGUUCUGGAGCUGAUAGACACCAAACAGCAGGAGCGGUAUUGGUGUCCCCCGCUUCUCCAGCGAGCUGCCAUUGCCUUCCUUCAUGCCCUCUGGCAGGACCGCCGGGAUAGUGCUAUGUUAGUCCUCCGCACCAAGUAAGUGAUAAAUUUUCUCGUCUCAUGUUGCAACCCGUCUGGGAGCGGGCACAAAGUAGAGCACUUUAAUCACCAACACAAACACAGUUAUCCUUCUAUCCUUAGGAAUGUUUUGAAGUUGGCAAAAAAAUGUGAACAAUGCCUGAUUUUGUCUGUUUUUCUGCAAUUUUUGUAGGCCAAAGUUUUGGGAAAAUUUAACUAACCCACUCUUUGGAACCCUUCCUCCGCCUUCCGAAACAUCUGAGGUGAGUUGCUUCCAUAGUAAGAAGCACUAGUUUGAGGACCUGCAUGUCUCCUGCUACCAUACAGUGGUGCCUCGCAAGACGAAAUUCAUCCGUUCCGCGAGUCUCUUCGCCUUGCGGUUUUUUCGUCUUGCGAAGCACGGCUAUUAGCAGCAUAGCGGCUAUUAAUGGCUUAGGGGCUUAGGGGCUAUUAAUGGCUUAGCGGCUUUAAGAAAAAGGAAACAAACUCGCAAGAACUCGCAAGACGUUUCGUCUUGCGAAGCAAGCCCAUAGGGAAAUUCGUCUUGCGGAACGACUCAAAAAACUGAAAACCCUUUCGUCUAGCGAGUUUUUCGUCUUGUGAGGCAUUCGUCUUGCGGGGCACCACUGUAUUUUGGGUGUUACAGCCUUUAAUUGCUAUUCCCCCUAGGUAAGAUAUACAGGAUAGAUACAUUUUAAAAGAGUAAAGUAAAAUUUGAUAGAUUUCCAAGUUCCAACAUCCCCACCCCAUCAGUAUGCUUGAUGGGACAGAAGGCAUGAAAUAUUCCCAGGUAAAUUUGGUUUCUGUCCUUUUGUUUCUGUAUGAGCCACCAGCCUGAUAGUUCUCAAAUCAAAGCAAAACAAAUCAAAAUUUAUUGGUCAACCAAAUACAGGAUAUAGAAAUGAAGAAAAGAGAACAAGCAAACAGAUUUUAGCAAGCAAACAAAGUUAAUAGCAGCAUAAUAAAAUGUGUAAUAAAACACAUAUGAUACAUAAAACAUGCAUAUAUACAUUCCACAUAACUCCCUUUCCCUCUCUGUAGCUCAGCAUCUUGGACACCUGUGCCUUGAUCAUGAAAAUCAUUUGUCUGGAGAUCUACUAUGUAGUUAAGUAAGUAUCAUUCAGAGCAUAUCGUAAAAGCCGGUGACCUGCUUCUGCCAGCUCAGUACAGAUGUAAUAGGAAAUUAUGGGUUGUAUGCAGUGCAUACUAAGUUGAAAUCACUUAGUAGUGCAUACUAGCUCUACUGGUGAAAAACGUUUUGCAUCAGCAGAAUGUUGUGCAAGAGAAUUGUAUAAGCAUAUGUUGCACGAUAGAUGGCACAAUCUGUUGUAGAGCAUGUUACCGCCAGCACAGUUGACUUUCCCAAGUGUUCCCAAGUGGCGUUGCCAGUCCUGUGCUGCUCCGUGUUGCUCCUUUCCACCUCCAAAAUUCAAGGUUGAAAGGAGCAAGGCAGGGCGGCUUGCAAAUAAAUUGAAUGGAAACUGCUCGUCUCCUUGAACAAGGCUUGCUCUGACCACCCAUCAGAGGAUGGGCAAUUGGGAGAAAUCCUUGCUCCACCAAAGGAACAGUCUGGUGAGCUGUGUUUGGCCCAUGGGCCAUAGGUUCCCCACCACUUACUUACAGCUUCCUGUAGAAUGGCACAUGUUUAUUUUUGUAUACCUUGUUUUUCAUUAUCUGAUAUAUCUGCUAUAGCUUUGAUGUGAAUUCUUCAAGGUGACCUAUUCCAGCCUGGUGCUGUCCAAUUGUUUUGGAUUGCAUCUCGCUUCAGCCCCAUCCAGCUCGGCUCUAUGAUGUUGGGGCUGAUGGGAAUUGUAGUCCAAAGCAUUUGAGGUCAAAGCUGCUUUAGCAGGAAGGGACACACUUCUACUUUUCUGCAAAACCAAGAGUAAUCAAGAGCAAGAAUCACGGCUCUCAGUUUCUCAUUUGCCCAUAGGGGUUCUUUGGACCAGUCGCUGAAAGACACACUGAAGAAGUUUUCCACGGAGAAGCGCUUUGCUUACUGGUCAGGCUACGUGCAGUCCCUGGCGUUCCACAUGGCAGAGACGGAGGACAGUGGCUGCACCUCUAUGUCAGAGUAUCAGAUGCUGAUCUCCGCAUGGCGGAUGAUGCUCAUUGUUUCUUCCAGCCACGUAAGGAGGUUUUGUCUCUUUGCCUGUCCAUAAAAUGUUACAGUAUAGAAUGGGAGGUGGGAUUGUAUCACAUUGCAUCCACAUAAGUUAGUUGAGCCAGUUAACAGAUUUGUCAAAAACAAAACAGCUAUUACUUGAGAGAAAGAAGGAAGUUGCAACAGAUUCUGCUCUAGUAAUCUCAGAUUUUACAGUUACCUGGUACUGCAGCUGCUGAUUUCUCAACAAACAUGCAUCUUGCAUAUAAAGGAAAAAAUGGGGGCAGGGAAUGAUUCUGUUACAAAUUUUUAAUGAUGGACUUUGAUCCUCUCAGGCCGACAUCAUGCACUUGACUGACUCCGAAGUCCAGCAGCUGUUCCUGGAGGUCCUGAGUGGGACUGAGGCUUUGGUGAGUGUUGUUAACAUCGCUGCUUUUAUCAUCAAUUUAUUAAUUGCCUUCUGAACCACUGUCUCAAGGCAAUUUAUGCAUAAGAUAAAACAGUUAAAACCACCAAAGCAGCAAAUGCAUUUUAAAACAAGACUAAAGCCCUAACAAAUGGGUACUUGUGGUGAAGACCCAUUUAUACAGCUAGGAAAGCACGUGGGAACAGAAAAAUGCCUCCAGUUGGUUUUGGAAAGUAGAAAAGUGUCACACUAUGAGUUGCUGCAGAGUGGGCUUCUCACAUCUUUAGAACUUGUAGGAGAGACUCUUGCAGACUGCGGCAGUCUGCUAGGUGUAUAAGGGAUAAAGCAAGCUGUAUAGGCACUUAAAUGUUAGUAUUAACACCUUAAACAUGACCCUUGGUAGCAGAUUGGCAGGCAGUGAUGGGUUCUAAGGGUACCAUUGAACUAGAUCUUACUUUGAGUAGGCCUAUUUCAGUUAAUGAACAUGAUCCUUUUAACGGGUAUACUCUGAGUAAUACUUAGUUGAAUAGCAUCCUUGGUCUUCUACAGCUUGAAGUCAUAGAGUUUGUUUAGCUGCUUUAAGUGAAGAAGAAUGUAUAAAAACAGUAUGUAAGGGGGAAACUAUAGUUCCCAGGGUUCUUUCACAGGGAGAGCCAUGUGGAUGAAACACACUUCAAAUUUAUGGUGCAUACGUAGCCUGUGUUUCUCCAUUUCACUGGAGCAUGAUCAAUGAGAAAAGUUUUUCCUGUUGCGCAUUGCAGGAUGCACGAACAGUUGUCCUGCCAACUUAAAGGUGCCCACAAAACUUAGGACCAUUUAUGUAGCAGUCUGGAUCUUGGAUCACACUCCUUUGAGAUGCCCACCUGGCUCCCCCUCUGUCCUGAAGCCACUUAAAACAUUUCCCUUUCUGUUUUUGGAAAUAGAAUCAAACACGCUUUUUUUCUUCCCUCCUCCCCCUGUGCUGUCGGUUUAUUGACUUGUAUCACAUUUUUAUUUUGUGGUUUUAUUUUAAGGCUUGAUGGUUGUCUAUUCAUGUUGCUUUCUCCUUUGGAAAUGUUGUUUAGGGAGGCGAUGUUAAAAUCUUGUUACUCAGUCAGAAUAAAUAAAUAUUUCUGCAGUUGCUGGUUCCCACUUCGGUGUGUUGUCUACAGCUGGGAUCCAUGCUGUGCACCCUCCUCUUAAUCCUGCUGAGACAGUGGAAGAGGUAGGUCUCUUGUGGGAAAGGAUGCAGUAGCUUAGUGGCAGAACACAUUCUUCUCAUUCAGGAGGUCCUAGGUUCAGUUCCAAGCAUUUCCAGGUGGUGGGUUAAGAAGGACUCCUUGCUGGUACUCUGGAGAGUUACUGUUAAGAAAUCGAUCCAUAAUUGUAAGAAUUUGAUCUUUUAGUGUGGCAGUACCUACACUUUUGAACUCCCUUCCUAUUGACCCCAGGAAGGCACCUUCACUGUACUCUUUUCAGCCUCUAUUUAAAACAAGCCUAUCCAGACGUGCUUUAAUUUCAGGUUUUUUUACUGCUCUAAUAAAAUAAUCUUACGUUUUUACUUUCUUAUUUGGUAUUUUUUAUUGAUAAUUUAGUAUUUCUUGUAAACUGCUUAGAGGUUUUACUGCAGUCAAGCAGUAUAUUUAUUAUUUUUAUUAUUAUUUCAAUCAAUCAAAUAAUUCUUAAAAUAUCUGAAGGCAGUGGAAAUGUAAUAUGCGAUCUCAACCCUGUCUACUUAGCCCUAUUUUAUUCAGGGGAUUUACUCUCCACUAAGGGGCACUGUAAACUUUUUUCUGUGCUUUAUGGUCUCUAAAAGUCCUAAUCCAGUUUUGAAGAUGGCCAACACAAAAACAGGUGUGAACUAUAGUGAACCACUAUUUAAGGCGGAAUUGUUUGUUGAUGGAGGAAACUAGAAAGUGAAGUGGUUUUACCAUGCCCUCCGUGGUCUGCUGCUGGCAGAUGAUCAAGAGCAGGCAGGUGCUGGAUGCGCUAUGGUGAGGAUUAUUUCUCUCUUCUAAAGCAAACUCACCCAGGGAGGUUGUGAAUCAUGCAGAGCAGAUGACAUGCUGACAUGUGUAUAAUUUUAUGCAUCUUAAUAUCUUUUCUUCCAUUCCCCCCCCCCCAAUCCCUGUUGUCAGUGAGUUGGGCUCUGUGGAUAAAAUCAUAAAUUCCUUGACGAAGAUUCUGGAUGGAGUGCUGCAGGCAGACCAGCAGAUGAUGGAAAAGACAAAGGCCAAAGUGUUCUCUGCUCUCAUCACAGUCCUGCAAAUGAAGCAGAUGAAAGGUGGGGAGCUUUAUAUGGACAACUUCUGCGGACAUCACUCUUGCUGCUUAGCGUAAUGCCUUGAGCAGAGAUGCUUGUGUUGUGUUAUGUUGUUGUUUGUAUAUAUGCCGCUUCUCUCCCAAAAGAGCCCGCCUUCCCACCCCCUGGGCAAAUCGCACAGAACAAUACACAGAUGCAAAAUUCACAUGCAAUACAACUUAUUUAGGCAGCAGUUCCUCCUUGUAAGGGUCCCAAGUAGGAGUGUAGGGCAAGGCAGGUGGAAAAUCUGGUGCCCUUUGAAGGUUCCAGUGUUUGCAUGGGAAAGAAUGUGGUUUCUGAACCCAAGCAUUCCCGAAGUGGUUUGGGAACAAAUCAUGGGACAAUAGCUUUGGACUCAGUGCCAGCCCAAUACAUUUAUCACAGCUGAGGGGCAGAUUCCAGCUAGGCAAAUGCACUUGAGGAAGGAACAGAGCAGAGCUGGUGAGGGGGUAUGGUCUAGGGAGAGUCCUGAGGGCCACAUUCAUCCCCUGGGAGUGAUUCCCCACCUCAGAGUAAGGCUUUUGUCCAACACUAGGCUGCUCUAUAUGCUUUUCCUCGUGCUCCAUAUCAAAUUGCUGUGUGCAUGUGUGUUAUAGUGAGUGAAGUUCCUGAGUAUUCCCAGCUGGUGUUGAGCGUGUGUGAAACGCUCCAGGAGGAAUUCAUUGCCCUUUUUGACCAGACUCGGCAUUCCCUGACUUCUGGGGACUCAACAGAUGACAAAGACAGCAUGGAAACAGACGAUUCCUCCCGGCAUAAGCAGAAAGACCAGCGAGACGGGGCAAGUGGCUACAUUAGUCUUGGGGAAAGACUGGUGGGGGGUGGCAUCUCCAAGUGGGGCUUAGCUGCCCCUGUGUUCCUCGAAGGCAGGAAAUCCUGAAACUUCAAAGAAAGUUGUUAAUCCUUUCUCCCUUGAGGCCUCAGUUCAUUUUCUGCCUUCAUUCAGAGUGGACCACUUGAUUCAGCUGACCUGCAUAGCAAGAAGACAGUGAUUUAAACUAAAGUUGUUUGGAGCCAAGCUCCACUUGACAGUGAAUAUAUAAUUGCACGGCAGAGUGGCCCUACUAUGAUUAAAAUUUGAUUGGAUUCAACUCUUGGUCUUCCAGGUCUAGCCUGAUGCUAACUACUGCAUGCCACACUGUUGUGUAAAAGACGUAAAUCCUUUUAAAAAAUAUUUUUUUGAUAAAAGUAUUUAACACUGCAUUAAUAUGUAUAUGAUGUGCAGUAUGUAUAUGUGAUGUGCACUAAUAUGUAUACAAUUAAACACCAUAUAAAACAAUCACAAACUUAAAAACAACUGUUUGCUAGUAGCAGUCAUCCUAAGUGGCUUGUUUUCUGACAGUCAGUAUCCUUCCUUCCCCACCUGGGUGCCCAUGUGCUCUUCGCUCCCUGCUCUGCCUCCUCCCAGCAGGUGUGUGUGCUGGGGCUUCACCUGGCGAAGGAGCUCUGUGAAGUGGAUGAGGAUGGGGAUUAUUGGCUUCAAGUUACCCGAAAGAUCCCACUGCUCCCAACUCUCUUCACCACCCUGGAGAUAAGCUUAAGAGUGAAGCAGAACCUGCACUUCACAGAAGCCUCGUUGCACCUGCUGUUGACCUUGGCCAGGACCCAGCAGGUGAGAAGAGGCAAAAGCUUUAUGUUACUUCCACACAGUUUUAGCUAGCUAGUAUUGAGCUAUAUGGCUGAUCCCCGUUUCCCCCAACUGCUUGUGGCUGUAUAAUCUGUGGGGCACAGGUGGGGAACACGUGCCCCCUCAGCUGUUGCUGGGCUCCAACUCUCCUCAUCCGUCAUAGCUAAUAGUCAUGAGGUGAUGGGAGUUGUGGUCCAAGCGACAGGUUCUGUCACUCCUGCUGCGGAAGGUGUUGGUCUGGUUUUGCCGUUCGCCCCCAGCUUAUGAUAUUCAGUGCCAUGCUGCCUAUAAGCAUGGAGAGUCUGAGGAUUCUCUGAAUCAGCAAACACGUUGCAUAGUUUAAAGUACUGGGAAGAAUGACUCAAAGUGGCAAAGUCAAAUGACAUGUGGAGGAGAAUGUGCGCAUAACACAAUCACAUGGUUAGAUUUCAGGGAAGAUUGGCACAUUGGGGAUUUGUAUCAGGUGAGCUUGCCAGCAUGAAAGAAAUAUACAAAAUCAUACUGUUGUAGGAAGGAACCCUAAGGGUUAAACCCUCUGUAAUGCAGGAGUCACAGCUAAAGAAUCCCUGACACUAGCCAUUCAACCUCUGUUCAAACUUAUCCAGUGAUAUUUAAUUUUCAUUAUUGGGGUUUAAUACAACUCCCUAAGCUGCGUACCAGCUCAGAGCUGAGCUCAUUGUUUCAUCCUCUGCUUGUCUUGUGGGUGGGCUGUUGGAUCCAGAUACUGGAGAGCCUGAGAGAUGAGCAGGUAGAAUGUUUUCCAUUGUAAACAUCAGAAGAAAUCUGAGGGUCUUGUCAGAGAGCUCUGUGGCGGCUUCAGUUUAGCUCCACCACCUGGAGAGAGAGGCGGGUGAUACCACUUCUCAAGAGCUGUUGACCCCCAACUCUUUAUACAAAUUCAUGGAGAAGGAGAGGGCAAUCAGUGGCUACUAGUCAUGAUGCCUUUGCCUUGCCUUCACAGUUGGAGGCAGCAGUACUUAUGAUUACCAGUUGCUGGAAUCUGCCAUGUUAGGUGGGAAAUGCUAUUGUGCUUGGGUCCUACUUAUGGGUUUGCCACUGUGAGAACAGGAUGCUGGACUAGAUGGACCCCCUUUGGCCUCAUUCAGCAGGGCUCUUCUUAUGUUCUCUUGCAGGGGGCAGCAGCUGUGGCUGGAGCUGGCGUCAUGCAAAGCAUUUGCUUGCCUCUUUUGAGCGUGUACCAUUUGAGCAGUGAUGGAGCUGGUCAGGUGAGUGACUCCUCUUCCUUUUCCAGUGUGGGUGACCCACUUUGUCAGAACUUUGCUUUGCUGCCAUGGUGAAGCAAGGGGUUACUUUAAGUAUACCAUUAUAAUUAUCUGCUGCUGCUACUUAUGUAAUUCCAUUGGUGUAUCUGGCACUUUAGGGACGCGGGUGGUGCUGUGGGUAAAACCUCAGCGCCUAGGACUUGCCGAUCGCAUGGUCGGCGGUUCGAAUCCCCGCGGCGGGGUGCGCUCCUGUUGCUCGGUCCCAGCGCCUGCCAACCUAGCAGUUCGGAAGCACCCCCGGGUGCAAGUAGAUAAAUAGGGACCACUUUAUAGUGGGAAGGUAAACGGCGUUCCGUGUGCUGCUCUGGUGCCGGUUCGCCGGAGCAGCUUUGUCACGCUGGCCACGUGACCCGGAAGUGUCUGCGGACAGCGCUGGCUCCCGGCCUCUAGAGUGAGAUGAGCGCACAACCCUAGAGUCUGUCAAGACUGGCCCGUACGGGCAGGGGUUCCUUUACCUUUUAUGUGGCACUUUACAAAGGUAUUUUUAAUAUACAUACCACUGAAGUGAAGGACACGGGUCAGGUGUUGGUCAUCAGGUGAGCUGUGCAUAAGCAAGCUGCCAGCUAGCUCUGCCGAGGCUCUUUUUAUUAGCACAAUAUGGAAAACCAGUCAGAUACAUUUUGGACGGUGACCUUUACACAUCUUCCAAUCCCGAGAUCGAGGGGUGGUACAAAGUUAUUUUGGCACCUGUUUCCACCGCGUCACUUUCCCCUUGCACGAUGUUUAAUCAAAAGAGACAAAGGUCACAGACAGGGCACGGCAGACUUCUAAGAGAGCAAAAGGUUAGAUAGAGGGCAUGAUGUUCAGACAGCUAUGGCUUGUCUGCGGGUGGAAGUGUGCUCCACACCCAGCAAUCAUUCCUUCAUACCAUCAAUUUACAUAAUAUAGUGUGGUAUACAGCAGCAUAUGCAGUAAAAUAUAAAACACCAUAAAGGGAGAUGGGGGUUAUCAGGGAGGUUUAGAGGGUGGUGACAAGGGGAAAGGCCUCUUCCAUUGUGGCUCCCUGUCUCUUCCCAAUAAGACCCGCCUGGCUCCUUCACUGACAUCUUUUUGGUGACACAUAAAGAUAGACUUAUAAGAUGUUGCUUUGUUACUAGUGUUCUGUCAAAGCUUCCUUUGGUUGUUAGGGGGUUAUUUGCAGUUUUAUGCGGUAUAAUGUUUUUAUAUUGUUUUUAAAUGUGUUGUACGUUGCUUGGAGACAUUCUGGUAACAAACAACUUGAGAAGUCUAAUAAAUCAUAUUGUCACUUAAAAUGACUGUCUGAUCAGAAAAUGCAAGCAGUUGUGUAGGCUUGUCUCCAUAGAAAGGGCUUUCAAGAGAAAGUCAAAAGCAAGGUGCCUGCUGAGUCUCCUGGAAGAGCAUUCUGCAGCAGGGGACUGACCACAAUAAAUGCCUAGUGGAGGCCAAUUAGGCCUCUGUAACAUGAGAGACAACUAACAGCAUUCCUCUGGAUGAUCUCAGUGAUCAGGCUGAGAUACACGGGCUUGAGCAUUUUUGAGUAUAAGAGCACUGGUCUCUGACCUGAGGAGCUUUCAAUCUAAAUUUUACCUUAAGGAUAAAGGAGAGAAAUUGGGAGAGGGGAGGCGGAAUAUCCAGCUGUAAACAGGGUCUAUCCAUGUUGACAUCCCUGGAGAAACCCAAUUCUAUCAGAAAGCAACUGGCCCCUUCUCAGAAACAUCUGCAUAGCAAUUAUUUGUGUAUUUGAAUGGUGUGGUCCUCAUUCAAAUGGAGCCAGUGUGGUGUAGUGGUUAAGAGCGGUAGUCUCGUAAUCUGGGGAACCGGGUUCGCGUCUCCGCUCCUCCACAUGCAGUUGCUGGGUGACCUUGGGCUAGUCACACUUCUUUGAAGUCUCUCAGCCCCACUCACCUCACAGAGUGUUUGUUGUGGGGGAGGAAGGGAAAGGAGAAUGUUAGCCGCUUUGAGACUCCUGAAGGGGAGUGAAAGGCGGGAUAUCAAAUCCAAAACUCUUCUUCUUCUUCUUCAUGUGAUGCAGGCGCAGGCUUCGUUGCGGAAAUCUCUGGAUGCCCCUUCCUGGCCAGGAGUCUAUCGCCUUUCCAUCUCCUUGAUGGAGCGCCUUCUGAAGACGUUGCGGUACAACUUCCUGACUGAAGCCUUGGACUUCGUGGGCGUCCAUCAAGAGAGGAUCCUUCAGGUUUGUUGGGAAAGUGUGUUUGUCAUUAAACUAAACUCUUCCAUAUGUGUCUUAAUUGUUUCCCUCACUAAUGAUUGGUGUGUUUUUUUCAUACAGGUGUAUUUCUAUCAAGCUUAGAAUCCAAUAUUUCAUUAAAAUCUAUCACCAUUUCAUCAUAAAUACACUCAUUUAGGUGUCAAAAACAUUUGUAAAUCAUAGUGGGGGGAAUCUGAAUUAGGUCCAUAAACAUUAAGCAUGGCUAUUAAAGUCUCUGCUAUUUUAGCACAUAAAAUUAAAUAACGCCCAUUUACAUCAUCUGUUUUAAGUCAUUUUUAAGCUCUGAUCUCUUUGGAUCGGCUUUAAGACUUGUCUCUUUCAACAAAUUAGUAUGAGGAUCCUCCUCUGCCAAUUCCCCUGGCUCAGCAGAUAGUGGCGCAGUUAGAAUUAAGUCCAGUGUUGAUUGUUUAGUCCAAGUUGUCAUCGCAGCAGGUCAUUAAAAGCAAAAUAAUAUGUAAUGAGAACUUUUUUUCAGCUGAUAAUCAAAAUCUUUGUCCACACAGUCCGAUGAUUCAGAAGUUUGAAAGCAUUUUUAUCAGGAAAGAGCUGAGAGCCUUGCCUCACAGCGUCAUCCUACACCAGAAGUCACCAUCAUUUCAUUUUUGAAUCACUUCCCAUGGGCCAUCCUGAAGCUAUUUACAGUAUACUGUAAUAAGAACAUAUUUAAAACAAUAUAUAAAAAAUAUUUUUAAAGCUGCGUAUAUAAAAAUUGUGUGAGUGUGAUGAUACACACCGAGAGUUUAAAAUCACAACAGCAUGUACCAAAGAUCAGUUCAGAUGCAAUCCACAUGCCAACUUCAAUAAAGAUCUCCAUCUAGAAGUCUUGUUGAAAGAUGGGCAUCUUUAGCAGGUGCCAGAAUGACAAAAGAGAAGGUGCCUGUCUGUUAUUAGGUGCUGCCACACUGACAUGCAGAACAGAUGUCUUGACCAGCUUUUCCCUGUUCAGAAAGAAAGUGGGGUGGGAGAUGGUCAGGAUGUCUUGUUAGAUGGUAGGGAUGCUCCAGUAUUCCUGUAGCUGUGGCACAGUGAAUAUCAGAGCCUGAACUGAAAGACAGAGAGAAAAAGAGGAAAUUCCUGCUCUUUAAGGUCUUUUCCCCCCACCCCCUUUUCCAGUGCCUGACUGCAGUCCGGACUGUACAGAAUUUGGCCUGCCUUGAAGAAGCAGAUCAUACGGUUGGGUUCAUUCUUCAGCUCGCUAACUUCCUGAAGGAGUGGCACUUCCACCUGCCUCAGCUUCUAAGAGACGUGCAGGUAGGGAGAACUAGUUGUCUGCAUGUCCCUGUCCUAUUAAAUUUUGUUUGCAUAUUGCCUUUACUGUGUUUACACACGAUUAAACACUUUUGCACAACUUUGUCCUUGUGGUUAAAGCAACAUGAGUCAUCAAAUGUCACCCUCACCCUUACCCCAUGUCACCUUAUUGUUGAUCAGAGCAAAGUUCAUUAUCCUUAAGCCUGAAACCAAAGCCUAAAGCCGAAUUGAUUUCUCUAAUGAGAGAGCCCUACUUGGAAAUGGCUAUUGGGCCCAGAUUGUAAAGAGGAGGUUUCUAGAAGAAAGGCUUUAGAGGAUGGGCAGAAAUCACUUUUAAGUAGUAGUUGUUGUUAAAUUGCCAGACCCCUUCACCCUGAAGUGCAUUUUAUUGUUCUCUUUUGGUGAUUUUUAGUAGUAUUUUGCUGUAUCUGCAAUGCACUGUGAUCGCUCCUAGCAAACUUCUAUGGAAAAGGAGGGAUCUGUUCUCUGCCUGUGUUUACAGUAAAGUUUGCUGCCUUUAUAAUAAUUCUGGUGAUGAACGUUCCUGAGCAGGGGGGAUAUUUUUGUAGUGUACAUUCUGCAACGUCCCAAGAGGUGGCCGCUCAGUGACUCCCCUCUUUCUCAGUCCUGUAAUGGGGCUUGGGUCCCAUGGCACUCUUGUCAUGGUGGAGUCUCCAUAUUGCUUUCCCCGAGUGUCAUGUGUUCUGUCCUCAGCAAUGCACAGUCAGUGUGCCAUGGAUGUUAUGGCUUUGCCUGCUGAUUCAGCCACCUCUGGACAAGAUGGUCGCCGAGGAAGGGUCUGGUGAAACUCCAAUGGCCCCUCCUCUGGUUGUGCUUAGCACUUUGAGGCAGGAGCUCCCCAUUCACCCACCCAUUCUGCAGGUGGGGUGAGCAAUACUAUUUCCUUUGUCAGAUUGCCCCCCCCCCCAUUGGUACACUCUUGCAUUUACAAAGAGGUAAAGAACUCCCUCCCACAUAAUAAACACAGAAGGGGGAGCUCCUGUUCAUAGGAAGCCUGCAAGGGAAAGAGUUGGCAUCAUCCAGGAUGCAUAAAAGAGGAUCUCACAGAGCUCCAUCAAAUAGCAGUUCUGUGAGGUCUCCUUCUCUCCCUGUUUUAGGGGCUCCUCUCCAGUCAUCAUGGAGCCAGCUAAGGGGGCGGAUGGUCCUGCUAAUGCUUUAGCCUGUGGACAGUGGUCCUCUGUAGGGAAGAGCUGUUGGGGUGGAGGGUGAACUUUCUGAGGAAGAAAUGUUGGUGGUUCAAUCUUAAGCAAGGUUGUUGGCUUCUGAGGUUUUUCGCCUUUCCAGGCAAAAGGACCGAGGUUGUUAAUAGCUUACUGAGAAUGAAGUUCGAUUUUGUGUUGCAUCACACAAGGACCACACCAUUCAAGUCCUUGAAUAUGGUUGCCCUCUGCUUAUUGUUAAAAGUAAAAAACAAAUAAAAAAGCAUAAUACUUUUCCUACCUUGGUCCUGAAUCGGUUGAGGUAUCAUUGGUAUGGAAGGGUGUUUAAUCCUGCCUUUCCUGCUAUGUCAGUGUCUUUCCCUGCACAAGGGUUUCUGCUCAGCUUUCUAUCCUGGUUAAAGGCUGUUUACACCCAGGAGUUUAGGUGGUCUUUCCCCUUAUAAUUUGGUCUGCUUUGGCAAGGGAAGAUAUUCUACAUCCAGAUGAAAAAUAGAGGUUAAGAGGUGACUCCUUCAAGAUAUCAGGCUAAAAUUUGAACUUGGGCUCUUUGAGGUGGUUCAUCCUCUAUCCUCCUGAUGUGACACUGGCUUUAUUUUCCAUUUAUCAGGAGAUUUGUUAUAAGAGACAUUUUCUUGAACAUUUCAGGUGAACCUGUGUUACCUGUGCCAGGCCUGCACUUCACUUCUGCACAGUCGGAAAAUGCUGCAACACUACAUACAGGUAAGGGGCUGAGGUGGCUGGUUCUCACUGAAGCUAGGCUUGGCCUGUGCCGCUUCAGACUGCAAGUGGAGACUCCCAGGAUUGAACAAGAGACCAAUGUUCUGAUCUGGACCUGGAAAUAAUUUGAAUUACUCAUGAAUGGCCACAUGUGGGCAGCCAUUGUUGUUCCAUGACUUGCCUACUACUACAGUGGUACCUCUGGUUACAAACUUAAUUUGUUCCGGAGGUCCGUUCUUAACCUGAGGUACCACUUUAGCUAAUGGGGCCUCCCGCUGCCAGUGUGCGAUUUCUGUUUUCAUCCUCAGGCAAAGUACUUAACCCGAGGCACUACUUCCGGAUUAGAGGAGUCUGUAACCCGAAGUGUUUGUAAGCUGAGGUGUUUGUAACCUGAGAUACCAUUGUAUUGUUACUGAUGUGUGUGUGUGUGUGUUGGGGGGCAGGCAGUAAUUUUACAGAAAGUGGAAGAUAAGUUCCAGGAAUAGGAAACCUUUGGUCCCGGGGCAAAAACGGCCCAGCAGGCUGCCUCAUUUAGCCCCUGAGGUCAUUUCCCAUAAACCAUGACCACCUGCCUUGCUAGCGGAUGUCAUAGAAUCAUAGAGUUGGACCCUGUGUGAGAGGCAAAGAAGGGAAGAUCUCCCAGGGUGGGAGGCGAAUGGAAAUCUCUCAGGUGUGAGCUGGAAGGGUCCACCACUUUUUGUGAGAGACUAGGGUUGAAAGAGGACCCUGCAUUUUCUUUUCUCUUUAUUCCUUUGCUUUUAUUUCAAUUUAGAUUAGUUUCUUUUAUGUUACUGGAUUAUGAUAAAGCUUUAAUAACCUUAUUAAAAAAGAAGAAAAAAAUAAACCCCAGCCAGCAUAGUCAAUAGCCAGGGAUUAUGGGAAGUGUGGUGCAAAAAGCCUGGAGUGCACCAGAUUGUGGAAGACAGCUUUAAAUAGUAGUUUUUUUUAAAAAAAAUUAACUCAUAAUUUCAUUCUUUUUUUGUAAACUGCAUUGAGGUGUGCUCCCCCCCCCCCUUUUUACAACCUAAUAAUAUAUCAAUUUUAUGAAAUGGAAGUAAAUGAGUGAAAUUUCACUGCUUCCAGUUCUUUUCAUACUUUGUGUGAGGGGCUAGUAAUUCAAAGGGGAACGAGCACACAUACCAGGAUUCCAACUGGCUGCCAGCUUGACCUGAAUCUGAACAAAGCAAAGGCUCCUUUUGCAAAAACCUCCCCAGUAGUGGUGAUAGUUUGCCUGGCGUGUGUGUGUGUGUAUGUGUAUGCCUGUGUAUGUGUAUGUGUAUGUGUAUGUGUAUGUAGUCCGCUCUCUUGUCCCAUGUCCCUCCCUUCACUUGCUUGGACUUCUUUUCAGACCAAGAAUGGAGAGCCCCUCCCGUCUACCAUCCUGCCUCAUGUCCAGCGCCCCCCACAGACCUCUGCCAAGCCUCCCAGUCCGGAGACGGAGGCUGCUGAGCAGAAGGCUCUGCGCGCUGUGCAGUACAGCCUCCUUAAAAUCCUCAGCAAGUCCCUCGCUGCCCUACGCCACUUCACUCCGGAUGUCUGCCAAAUUCUUCUUGAUCAGGUAUAGUAAGCCAGGCUCUUAGGAGGAAGAGUCCAGAAUUCUGCGGUGGUGCCCCUGGCAUGGACUUCCCAUGGCACCCAGGAAGCGCACCCAUUCCCUCCCCUCUUGGUGCUGGCAAUGAUUACUUUUUAUAUCCCUUGAAAAGUGCAUAAAGCUGAAGGAGGAAGUUGGAAGAGCGACACUCUGUCCAAUUUCCUCUUUCAAGCUCUGUGGUGCCAUAGUUGCUGAUAAGUGUCACUUAGACCAUAUUUUACCCAGCUCCGUUGGGAAAAUGAAGUGUGUGUCUAGAUGUUCCUUAUUUCUCUCUGGGGUGGGGGUUGCUAACAAGGGGAAGGGGAGAGGAGAAGUGAUUACGGUGUGUGUGGCACCCAUGGCACUCACUUACAAAUUCAAACAUAUGCCCAUGGAUGAGAACUAAGCCUCUGUCAUAAGUGAGACUUCAGAUGUGACCAGUAGAUGUUUCUCUCCAGUUUCUGCAUAAUGGCUUGGGACCCAAGUGGCUUAAAGAGCGCCUUCAUUAUCAACCAUCUCAGGGCCUACAAUUGGGCCCCUUUUGGUGGUGCUGCCACUGGAGGUCGCCCAGUUGGCUUUGAGCUGUGACAGGGCCUUCUUGAGAGUGGUUCCCUGUGUGUGGAAUGCCCUCCAUAGAGAGGUGUGUCUCUCUACCUCCGUAUUAACUAUUAGGGGGGAUUUACCAGAUAUUAGAUGGCUGAAAGGCAUGGCGUCUGGUAAAUUACUAUAACCUGAAAUUAUUAGCUGUGAGAGUAGGUGAUAGUUUGUUUUUCUGAAAAUUUUUAAACUUCUUUUAAAAGUUUCAUUUGCAUUUUUUAUUAUUGACAUGUUUGCCAACCUGGGCUCCUUUGGGAGAAAGGUCUGGAUGUAAAAUGAACAAUAAAUAGAUCAAGUGACUCCUGGUGGUAUUGGUGAAAUAAAGAUUUAGCUGGUCUUUGCGUCUGGCCGGCAGUCCUCCGACUGUUGCUGAACUAAAGCUCCCGUCAGCCUCAGCAAACAUGGCCAGGGAUGGUGGAGUUGUAGUUCACCAACACCCAGAGGGACAGAGGUUCAACCACACCUGCUCUACAGCCUCAAGAGAAGACUGAUUUUGACUUCCAUUUGGUUUUGACCCUGUUUUUUCUGUUGUAGUCACUGGACCUCGCCGAGUACAACAUCCUUUUCAUGCUGAGCUUCACCACUCCGGCUUUUGAUUCUGAAGUGCCCCCCUCCUUUGGGACCCUCCUGGCCACAGUCAACGUGGCCCUGAACAUGCUGGGAGAAGUAAGGAUCAGGGGAGCACAAGCUGACCCUGUGGAGGAGCCCACAGUUGUUUUUCCCCCCUAAAAGGGAACUGGGACGGGAUGUGCUUGAUUGCAAGGAGUUUAAAAAAGUUGUGUGUGAAUCAUAGAAUUGUAGAUUUGUAAGAGACCCCUAGGGGGUCAUCUAGUCCAAUCCCCUGCAGCGCAGGAAUCCUGCUCACAGCUGUCCCUGGGUGGGCUCAAACCACCAACCUUCUGGUUAACAGCCAGAUGCACUGACCCAUUGCGGCCACAGAGACCAAUAGUGAGAGAUUGUGGUCAAGGGAUGUCUCAGUGGAUGUUUUGAGAUGGCUGGUGGGGAUUGAACCUGGGACCUUGCACAGGUCCCUUAGGCUACAUCUUUUCCCAGGAGGCUAUCCUGAGACACAUGGCUCUGCCCAGGCAAAUCAGAACAACGUUAUCCCUUCCUUGGGGGAUAGUAUAGUCCCUUGCUUUGUGGCAGCAGGGAUUUUCCAGAGCUGCUCCUCCAUUCACUGUUCGAUCAGCAGUUUUGUCUAGACAUUGUGUGCUGUUCCUUUCUCAGGGUAGAAAGGAAUCAAAACUACAUUUCCUUUAUUGGGAAGAGGCUCCCUAAAGGGUGCUCUAAAAAAAUGAAAGCUGAAUUCUGCAUUCAGUGCUGAAUUCUGCAUUCAGUGCUGAAUUCUGUGCUUGCAUGGGGUUACAGAAUACACUGGGCCUGGCUGAAUGUCUGGCUUUUGAAUAUAACACAGCUUUUCCCUUCUCUCCAAAGCUGGAUAAGAUGAAGGAGCCUUUCACUUUGGCUGCAGAGCUGGCCACCCAGCAGGAGGGGAACAAGACCCUCAAGUAAGUACCUACGUUCCUUUUACUGCCCUAUGGAACAGGAAACAGGGUGGCUCUCCUCCCUCCCGGCAAUACUGUACACUUUAUGCUUGAUUUGCUCUGUAGAUCCUAGGUUCAUGUUUUAACUUUUUGCAAUUGUCAGUUAAUCGGUGGGACACGAGAAGAGAUACCUACAACUUUUGCAGCUGCUGUUGGACAGGCCCAGUCAGUGAGAAUGUCCUGAGUGUAGAAUCUGUGCUCAUGUUUACCUAGGGUUGAAACGGCACCUCUAGCUCCCAGGCUUACCACUGAGUUUCAUCUGGUCUUUUGUUUGUCAGCCGGCUUGACACUACCUCUUCCCUCCUCCUCCAGGUCACUUCUGAUGUUUACAAUGGAAAACUGUUUCUACCUGCUCAUCUCUCAGGCUCUCCGGUACCUAAAGGAUCCAGCAGUCCACCCACGAGACAAGCAGCGGAUGAAACAGGAGCUCAGCUCUGAGCUGGUAAGUAGUUUAGAUGCUUGUAUUAUACCCCAAGAGUUAAAAUUAAAUAACAUUGGAUAUGUUUGAACAGAGGUUUGAAUGGCCAGCUGUUGGAGACUCUUUAGCUUCUGACUCCUGCAUUUCAGGGGGCUGGACUAGAUGUCUCUUGUGGUCUGUUCCAACCCUACAACUGUAUGAUUAUGUAAAAAGCCCAAACUGUACCAAUGUGUCAGUGUCUACAGUUGUUAAUGUCCAUGCAUAGAGUGAAUUAAUGCACAUCUUUGAAAUUCCAUGUGGGUUGCCUCCCGUGCUAGUCCUACCUAGAGUAGAUCUGCUGAAAUUAAUGGCUAAUACAUUAGUCCAGUUUACCAAUUUCAAUUUCACUUUGCAUAAAACGUAAAUUCUACAACCCUGUACACCUGUCCCAACUGAUCUCCAGGUAAAUGUCAGUCUUUGAAAUAGUAGAAGAAAGUAGAAGGUAGGGUUGUGUCCUGGACUGAAACAAAGUCUGACGGAUACCGUAUGAAGGAAGGACUCUAACUCUCCCUAUGUCUUAUUUCCAGAGCACGCUUCUUUCCAGCCUGUCCCGUUACUUCCGCCGGGGUGGCCCCAGUUCUUCUUCUGUGAGCAUUCUCUCCUCUUCACAAGGGAAGUCUUCCUCAAAGCUAGGCCCCGAGGGACAGGAGCCGCUCUUCCAGCUCGUCCAGGCCUUCGUUAGGCACAUGCAGAGAUAA